UGCCUGGCCCCGCCCCCAGGCCUCCCGGGUCCUUCGUCGGCGGCCGUAGCCUGGCGGAGGAGCGGUGGGCGUGGCUUGGAGGGCCCCCGAGAGAAGUUAAGUUGCACCGUCCAUGCUCGGCUGCCUUGUUCUCUCUUCUCUCUCCUUAGGAGAGGGGAGGGGGGCGGGAGAAGUGGCUCCUUAGAGGGUGAGUCCGCGUGGGGGGAGGGGACCAGGCCCUCAGGUAAGAGGUGCUAUUAUAUUUUUUCAAAUAUAAAAAGGCCUUUUCCUCUUUCUCUUCACAAACCCACACGAGCGCGGGGGGGGGGGAGGGAGAGGGGGGAGGAUUAUUAUGGGAUGGCCCUCUUCACGAUGCAGGCCCGAUGCGGGGACGUCCCCUCCCCCUCCCCCUCCCUCCCUCACCGCCGCCGCUCUCCUACGGCGAGUGAGAGGGACCAUUUCUGAAGGGAGGGGGAGGGCCCUUCGCUUUCCGCCCUCCGGGGUUCGCUUAAUGGGAAAGGUGGGAAGGAGAAGCCAAACUCAGCUUUUGCAGAGGGGGAAGGAAGCAAAAGGCUGCUUGGGUGUAUUUCCUCCCUCCACCCCCCCUCCAAAAAAAAUAUCCAUGUCGCAUUCUCUCUUGUGCAUUUCUCUCCCUCCCCCGUCCCUGUCGGCUCUUUUAUUUUGUGUGUGUUUUCAUCGCCAUCCGGUUUCUAGUAAAGGUUGGGAAGGAAGGAUUGCACCCCUGCGAAAGCCCUUGCACACACAGGCCGGCUCGGAGGAGGAGAGGAAAAGGAGGUGGAUUGAUCUUGGAUGAAAAGAAGGGAGCUGGAUUUGGAGAGAAAAAGGAGGAGGCCGAGAUCUGGGUGGUGGGUGGAUGUUGCAUCCAGGAAGGGGAUUUUCGGUGGACGUUUGUCGGGAGCAAGCUGUUCGCAGAGAGGAUGGCUCUCCUGCACUGCGUGGACCUUUUGCGCCUGUGGGUCGUUCCGUGCAGAAGUUGUGAUGGGGUGGGAAGAGAGCAUGCGGGCACAGUCCUACGAGGAAGUGAGUCCCGUGUUGCCACAUGGAGUUUCGCACGGAGUGGGUGGUAGGGUUCCCUGAUGUACUGCCGAACAGCAGCAGCCUUCAACACUGUCAGCUCCAGGCGCACCUGGAACCUGAGUGUGCAUUUGGGGACCAGUUUCUUACACGGUUUUAUUGUAUAUUUGUAGGGCUGCCCAUGUUGGAGCUGGCUGUAACUUGGUAGUUCAGAUGUUUAAGAGCUUGCACGUGGGAAAGCUUUUAAAUGCAGAUGUGUCUGGUUUUGAAAUCAAUGAGUGGCCAGGUGAGAAAGUGGAUCUACAAGUGCUUGUCAGCUUCCUAGCCAUUUGUGUGCGAGGGACUUGUCAAUGGAUGUGUUCUCGCAGACAGAAAUUUCAGCCUUCCGCAUGGCAUCUUUUUUUCAUUUCUACACAUCUGCGUCUGGGAAUGGCUUUCAUAUGUUUUAUCACAAAAGUAUAGGAGGAAACCAGUGCAGAUGUCUCCUCUGUUCUCUGGUGAUACUGACAAGGUCAGAGGAGAGUCUAGUCAGUUUCCACCUAUGCUAGGAAGAAUUUGCCCAUUCACUCCUUUCCCAUGUUGUGUUUAUGCACAAUUGUUGAUGCAAAGGCUUUUUUCCUAACAGUUUCUUUCUUUGGAGAGUGUAAGUGGGGAUAGUGAAAAAAACGGCAGAGGGGUGGGCUGGAAUGAUACCUGGGCUAGAGAGAUUUGCAUGCAGCUAAUUUUUUUAUCGCCAUUUCUCUCAGACAGAAAGAUGAUCUUAGGGUGGGACCUGUGAAAGUGUGUUUUAUUGUGUUGUUUGGACCAGUGAUUGGGAAGGAAGAGGUGUGAUCUGUAGUUCACAGAUUGUUUAGGAAAAUAUUCUGAUGUAUUGAGAGUUAAACCACAGUCCUGAGACAUGGGUGUGGAGGGGAGAUUUUCUGCAGUGUUCAUCAGAUGUUUUAGUCUCUUGCCCCAUGCAGACUUGGAAACAUUUUCAAGGUUCCUGAGAAUCAACAUUUGAUUUGUUAGGCACACAAGUAGCUGAAUACCUGAUAUAUUUCUAGUCUUGUUGAUCUGUGUUUCUUUCUCUUUCCCCCUCCUCUUUAGAAGGCGGCUGCAAACCUACGCUAUUUACUUGGAAGUAAAUUCUGUUGGAAUCAAUGGGAUUUACUCUCAGGUAAGUGUAGCUUACAAUAGGGGUGGAAGAAAAUGUAUGUUGGGGAAAGGGCAACUAGGAAGGCUUCAAGCCUUUGCAUGUGUUUGAGGGUUGAGCUAAUAUUGAUCAGCCCACAUUGUCAAAGAUGGUUUGUAGAGGGAAACAGGAAGUAGUGGAACUGAACAAUGAUUUCAGCUAAGAAUGGCCUUUUCAGUUUCAAGAAUUCUAAUAACUGAUUUCAGUGCAAUCUUGUACAUGACUCCUCAAAAUCAAGUCCCAGUUUGAGUGGGGCUUAGUCCCAAGUAAGUGGGUAUAAGAUUACAUCCAUAUUUAACUUUUCCCCAUAUCUAUGAAUGCAUAUUUAGUUGCUUAAUGCCAGUGCUUUAUCUUUUGACUUCCACUCUCACGUUCUGAGCGUUAGUAUGGUUAAAAAAAUGGUGAAAGGAUGCAUCCCUUUGCCCUGCCCCCAGUCUUACUGCAUAUGGUGAAAUAAGGAUUAUAAUCUGCUCUAAUUGUUACGGAGCCGGGGAGUGGUUGUUGUUAUGGAACAAUUAACAUGAGGUGUCUGGGUGGGUGGAAUAUAUUAUACUGUCUAAAGGUGUGCAUAAGCUGGGGUGAGGAAAAUGUACACUUGGCAUUCAUGUACAGUGGUACCUCGGGUUAAGUACUUAAUUCGUUCCGGAGGUCUGUGCUUAACCUGAAACUGUUCUUAACCUGAAGCACCACUUUAGCUAAUGGGGCCUCCUGCUGCUGCCGCGCCGCCGCUGCACGAUUUCUGUUCUCAUCCUGAAGCAAAGUUCUUAACCCAAGGUACUAUUUCUGGGUUAGCGGAGUCUGUAACCUGAAGCGUAUGUAACCCAAGGUACCACUGUACUUUUUAGUUUGGGGGAAGGGAAUAAUUAUUUUUUUAUAGGCAGUCCUAGAGACCCACCAGAGGUCAGUCAAUUCUGGGCAUCCUACUAUACACAUUUUCUCCCUCAGCCAGCUUUUGGGCUGAAUAUUUUCAGCAUUUAAUGUUUUGAAAACCUCACUUUCUCUCUGUAGCCAAGGACUGGUGAUGGUGCUUCUGCUCUUUGAGAUGGGUUGGUCUGUGGAUGGCAUUGGCUUCAACGUAACGGAGAAGCCAGAGAAUGUUGCAACAAUUGGGCAGGUAUCUGCCAUGGGUGGUAGAGGGCAGGGAUGGGCAACCUGUGCCCCUUCCCAAUGUUGCAAGGCUGCAACUCCCAUCUUCCCUGAUUCCACUGGCCAUGCUAAUGGGAAUUUUAGUCUGACAACAUCUUGAGGGCCACAUUUUGCCCGCAACCUCCUUAAAAUUAUUAUUUAUUGGACUUAUUAGUUUUUUAAAAAAACAAACUUAAUUUAAGUUCAAAGUUAAUUGCAAUAUAAUGGAAAGCAAAAAUUAAAAUAAUAGAAAGCUAAAAAUAAACUAAAAGUUAAAAAUUUUGAGAUACAUAAAAAGCAGUCUUAACAAAUCCCGCCCACUGAAAGAGGCUACAGUGUCAAAAAGUUAAAGACCAAAAGCUUGGCUUAAAAAAAAAAGAAGUUUCCCCCUGGUGCCUAGAAGUAGCUAGUGAUGAUGCCUAGCAUGCCACCCUGGCCAGAGCAUUCCUUAAGUGGGGAGCCACCGCUGAAAUGGCCUGGUCUUGUGUUUCCACCAUCCAGAUUUUCCUCCGAGAGGGCCCACUGAGAAGGAGCUCAGAUGAGGAACACAGGGUCUGGUUUGGUUCGUAAGGGGAGAGGAGGCGAGCUUUAGCCCAUCAUUGAUCAGAGUUGUCAUUUGGUCUUCUCCACGUGCCCUAAUAGUCCCUGAUAAUUUAUUUCCCACAGCUGCUUGGCAAACUGGGGAGCCAGCUGGGCUUUUGUAGGCAAGCAAGGGCAUCAAGUUCCUGGGACAUUUACCCACUGCAAAAGCUGACUGUGACUUCAAAAAGGCCAGCAGGAAAUCCCCAAAGCCUCCAGAAACACCAACCAGGAUUCAUCAGGCUUUGAGUGAGGACUUUCCUAAUAUGUCUCCCACAAAGAUGUGCUGUUUUGAGCUCCCAUGACCUUAAACCAGGAGUGGGGAACCUGGUCCUCUCUAGAUGUUGCUAGAAUACAGAUCAGUCCCAGCCAGUACAGCCAAUGGUCAGGGAUGACGAGGGAUUUGGACCAGCAUCUGGCGGUCCAAUGGUUCCCCAGUCCUGGUCUGGGAAUGGCAAGUUCCAUCCAAGACUGGCUUCAUGUUUGGUGGACCUCCCAAUACGUUUCCAAGCACAAUUCAAAGUGUUGGUGUUGAUCUAUAAAGCCCUAAAUGGCCUUGGGCCUGUAUACCUGAAGGAGCAUCUCCACCCCCAUUGUUCAGCCCAGACCCUGAGGUCCAGCUCCAAGGGUUUUCUGGUGCGGUUCCCUCACUGUGAGAAGUGAACUUAAAGGGAACCAGGCAGAGGGCCUUCUGAGCAAUGGCACCUACCCUGUGAAAUGCCCUCACGUCAGAUGUCAAGGAAAUAAAUAAAUAUACAACUUGUAGAAGACACCUGAAGACAGCCCUGUAUCAGGAAGUUCUUAAUGUUUGGUGUUUUAUUAUGUUUUUAUAUGUGUUGGAAGCCAGAGUGGCUGGGGCAACCCAGCCAGAUGGGUGGAGUAUAAAUAAUAAUUACCUUACUAUUGUUAUUAUUUGGAUGAAAUGUUCUAGCUGGGCACACCACCUCCUUGCUGUUGUGGCCACUGCUCUUUUUGCUUGUCCUCUUCUCCUGGGCCAAGUCCAGACCAGCUGUCCAGAAGGAGAGUGCAAGGCAAGAGGGAGAAGGAUGCUUAAUCUCUGCAAUAUGGUCACUAUUUGUCUGCUUGGAGAGGUAAAGUGACUGGGCAUUGAGAGCAGUGAGGGACAGGGGUUCUGGAAGUUGGCUGACAGCCUGUUUUGAAUGCCGAAAGUCCCAGGUUCAGUACCCAGCAUCUCCAGGGAGAGGCCCCUUUCAGAAAACCUGGAGGAUUGCUGCUGGUCAUUGUGGACAGUAUGAAGCUAGAUGGAUCUAGUGGUCUGACUCUCUGUAACACAGCUUCCCAUGUUUCUAUUGGCCCAGUGUGAAGCUCCCCGAGUUCCCACUGUGCAUAUCUCUGCAGAGACAGUGCAGAUGGAGCCAUGGACACAGCUGGUUGUGGAGUGUUAGCUGUGUGCACACUGUCAGUUUCCAUGCUCUCCUGAAAGGCUGCUUCUCUUGAAGUCUGAAAAGAGGAAGGGGUUCAUUUGUCGUAUUCCCAUUGUGAUGUGUUCACUGCAUUGCCGCUCCUUUGGGAGAAAGGGCAGGAUAGAAAUGCAAUAAAUAAGUGUUGAACAAGGUGACUGGCAUGUGAGAAAGUUGCUCCUGCCUUGGGGGCAGGGGGUUGGAAUAGGUGGUCCGCCUCGUCCUUCCUGAACUCAGCAGGAUCAUCUUCUUGCUUUCUUGGUUUGCUGGAAGGAAAGCGGGCUGUGUUAAUAUGGGCUUGCAAAUAAGCCACUUGCCUGGCCUACCUAGUGUCAGUUUGCAUAAAUGCAAAGUGGGAUUAGAGGAUAAAAGGAGCCCCGAUCUGUCAUUUCUGUGAAGAACUUGUGAGGGGGUUUGCUCCUGUACUAAUUGGAGACAGGGUCACCGAUGAGCUCUUUUGUGCUGUUCCCUGAUAGGUAGCAUGUAGUUUUGCAGGAGGGUCGCUGAGCUAGCUUUCUGUCUCUCUUCACAGUGAUCCGUCAGCAAGGUAGUUCUUGGGAGCACAGUGCAGUAAACUCCAUCACAUUGCGAUCAACGUACUUAGAAUAAAGUAUUUUACAUGGGUAAAAUAGGUGUCAUUUUGUGUCACACUGCUGGCAGGAAAUCUUCAGAAUUGGUCUUCCUUCAGAUAUAAAGUUACACACCCACUGACACAUAUAUACUUUUUCUUGACUUAAAUAUAUAUUAACACAAGCAUUAUAUGUCCAAAUAGAUAGCCAAACAAGCUUUGCAUUUGUAAGACACAUGGCUAAGCAUCGAAAGGGCAGUAAAUAGUGGAUGAUGGGUUCUUUAUUUUCCUAGCCUUGUGUAAGUGUAAGUCUCUUGGCAACUACAAGGGCUCACGGGAUCCACUUUCAUUGUCCAUCUGUUCAUCCUUGCACUGCAGGAAUAUCGCUUAAAAGUCCAUGAACUUCUGCACAUACCAAGGAUUUUGCCAAAACAAAGUUAAUGCCAACAGUAAUUUCUGACAAGAAAUUUUGGGUGCAUGGCAAAAUCUCUGGCCCACCCUAGUGGGACUUAAGUUUUCUGCACAUUUGGUAAACUGCCAAGUCCCCCCCCCCCCCAGGAGCCCUCUGCAAAUAGGUAGCUUGCGGGGGUGGGUCUCAUAUAAUGGCUGCUUGAAGGAAAUAUGCUGGCUCACGGCAGCCCCUUAAUACUAAUAUUAGCGGCAUCAAUCUUUGCUAAAUAGCCUAAAAUGGGAAGCAGCGAUUUAAAAUGUUGGUGGAGAGAGAAUGGGGAACACAAAUGCCUUCAAAAUGCUGGAGUAAUUUUUAAAGUGGGGUUUUGUUCUUGCAUACGUGUGUGAGUAGAGCUGUAGAUGUCUUUCAUUGUUUGUCCCCUUUGCUUCUCCAAAGCAGGGAAAGAAAUGAGGCCAGUCCCAGUCUUCCUUUUUAGGUUCAGGGGCAAAGAUGCUGAUGUAGCAAUAUAGAGCAAAUUGAGGUGGGGGGAGGCGACUUGCGUCAAUGUUUGCUGGUGGUAGGAAUGAAAGGAACAAGCUGAAGUUUUUAAAACGGAGAAGAAAGUGAAUGAGGGGCAUCUGUGUGUUGCAUUCUGAGCUGUGAUCCGACUUCAGAGCCGUUUCCCUUCCUCUUAAAGAAGUGAUACACUUCCUGUGUGGGAUUGUAGCCUGGCAUAACUACCACGCCUGGUUUUGCAGAAUUUCACACGGGAUUAGAAUCCUAGUUUGCAUCCUCCACUCAGCAGGCAUGCCUUGUAACCCAAGGAUUGUUUUCAAGGUCAUCCAAUUCCUCCCUCCCCCCCAUCCUCUCUUUGAGAUUAAGAUGGAAUGAAACACACCCACUCCCCUCGCUUCCGUUGCCUGCUCUCUUUAUCCCACUGCACAGAGUUGACUCGGAAAGUUGAUGAAAAUGGAUUAGGAAAUGAUUCAUGUCCUGCAUGUGCCUGGUCCGCAUGCAAGCACUGGACCCGUCGGAAUCUAGAAUUAAUCUGCAUCUUCUAUCCUGCUUCAAUGAAGUUGCAGUGGUUUCAGGCCACGUUUUGAAGGAUUCGUGUCCCGUGCCCUGGUGAUAGCCAAGUGUCAAAGGAAGCUGAGCUUUGAACUGGAUUUGGCUAAUCACCAAGUGAGUUCAAACCGCUGGACCAUCAAGGCUGCUCAGUGUCUGCUGGCAGUGGCCAGUGAGAUGCCUCCGGGAGGUUCAGGAGCAGGGCAUGAUGGGAAUAUCCAUCCCCUCCUGCUAAUCCUCAGCAUCUGGUGAUCAGAGCUUUUGAAACAUUGACGUUUUAAUGGCUAUUAUGGCUAGUAGGCCAGAUUCCAGAAGACAAGUUGUGUUUUAGUCUGCCACAAGGCAGACAGCUCUCUGUCUCUCCUUAAGGGGAACGGGCCUAAUCCAGUUGACACUAGGCACCUUUUAAGUUCAUUGAUUUAAGUGGGAAAAAACUAAUUAACAACUCUAUAUGCAGUCUCAUGCCGGAAUAAGCCACUUUCUCCCCAAUCAGAGGUGCAUUUUAAAGUGCUUUAACUUUAGACAGUCUUACCUGGUGGCACUGGUAAUGCAUAUUAUCACUGUUCACAAGUUACAUUUUCAUCACAGAUUUAACCAGAACGUGUCCAGGUACUGAGGGAGAAAACACGGACACAUGCCUUUCCCAGAUCCUUUGACUUAUUCGACUCUGUGACUAAAAGUGAAUUUAUCCCACAGGUAUCAUUCUAGCUGUGUUCCUCUAGUGCAGCCACGUCCAACUCCUUAGAGGCCACAAUGUACUCCCAGCAUAAAGCAACUGGCAGUGAUCUACCCAUCUUUCUUUUUUUAUUUUGAGGGGGUGGUAUGCAAGCCAACAAGCAGGGGGGUGGCUCCAAACAUAUUUAUUUAGUAAGAUUUGGGUACCACUUACCGGUAAUUAAAAAACCCCUCAUAAGCGGUUUACACAAAACGUUAUAAAAUGCUUGUUUGUUUAUUUAUAUUUUCAAUUUAUUUUUCCACCAAAAAUAAAUAAAUAAAACUUUACAGAUUUUGAUGUAGACCAUAAAUUUCUUUAUCCAUUGACUUCCCGUCCCCGCCAUGCUUUCCAUAUUUACCCUUAAAUGCUGCAGAUUUCAUGUAUAACAUCUAAUACUUCCAUUUUAACCUGUUUAUCUUAAUAAUUGAUGCGGAUGCUCAUAUUUCAAAUCCUGCUCACGUUAUAAAAUGCUUGCUUAAAAUAGGCAGAAUAAAAUUACGAAUAUAGAUAAAAAUCAACAGAUUUUGAAAACAAAGGUACAUGAUAAAAUUUACAAGUCUCGGUGAGCUUACCUAACAAAAAAAAAAACCCCGGUGUGAACAGGCAUCAAAAAUACUUCAGAUAACUCUCAUCUUAGGCUUAUUUAACUUACUAGAUUGCAGCUUUGAGCAGGGGGAGGAAAUAAGUAAAUGUCUAUUUAUUAACACCCAUGCAUGCAUGUAUUGGAUCAGGUAAGGCUUGGGGAAGGUGGUACUAGGGCUCUGGUAGCAUCCCAGGGUCUUCAAAGGCAGAGUAAGCCAGCUGGGAAGGAGGCGUGAGGGCUGUGGCAGGGUCCUAGAGUCCUCCUUUCCACAGCCAGGCAAGCUCUUACAGGACUUUGGGAAGAAGGAUUAAGGGCUCUAGGACCCUGCGGGAGACCUUGCACCUCCUUCAAGGCGGGAAGGAUCUGGGAAGUUGCCUGAGCCCUUGCACCACCUUCCCAAAGUUGGGUAGUUUGGGGCCCAACAAUAUCUGAUAGACCCCAGAUUAGCCACCCCAAUAUAGAACACCGUUAGAUCGUUCAGAGCAUUUUGUCACUACUAUAUCUGUAAUCCUGACAAUAUCCCUGCAAGGUAGGCCAGUUGUGUUUGCACCUUGCAAAAGUUGCUAGGCUAAGAAAACAGCUGAAAGCUGCCGGAUAAGUUUGUUGCUGAGGUGCUACUUGAAAUAUGGGACUCCCUGACUCCUUAUUAUUGCUGCUCUGAACUUGAAAUGGAAAUCCAGCAUUUCCCUGGGCCGUAAGCCUCAUGGUAUCAACCACAGAGUGGUUAAAGCAAAGCUUGAACGUAACUUUCAGCUGUCUUGUAACUGCCAAAUUCAACCUUGAGUUACCUGGGAUGUUUCCAGGUUGUUAAGGCGUAACUAAAACUUGUGUGUGUCGUUCGCCAUUUACAUGCUGCUUUUCACCAUUAAAAAAUGUUCUCCUUACAGCAGCUUACCAAGCAGCAAGAACCACCCAGUAAUAAAAACCAUAAGAACAUAAGAAGGCGAGGUGUGCUGGAUCAGGCCAAAGACCUGCUUGUGAUGCCAGCAUGUGACAUUAAGAGAUGUAGUCCUUAGUUUAGUCUCAUCAUACCUGACCAUUGAGUAUGCUGAUUGGGGCUGGCAAGAAUUAAAGAGUCCAGUAAGAGUGACAUCUACGUUGUACAUUUAAAACACUUAAAACACCUCAAAAGAAGAAACUGUAGUUUGCCAUACACUGAGCUUCAAUUCCCAGCACCCUUAACUAACUGCAGUUCCCAGGAUUCUUUGGGAAGAAGCCCUGACUGUUGAAGUGGUAUGAGAUUGCUUUAAAGUCAUGGUCUAGACUCUUUAAUUCCUAUUAGCCCAAGUCAGCAUCGCCAACGCUCAUGGAUGAUGGGAGUUGUAGUCUACCAACAUCUGCAGGGCCACAGGUUCCCCAUUCCUGUUUUAGGGCUUUGGCGAUUGAACUGUGCUUGGAAACCAGGGGACGUGAAAUUAAAUUUGGGGUGGAGUGAUCAGAAAUCGUUCCAAGCUGCCACUGCAUUCGGGAUGCCUAGAUUGUUGCUUCAGUGCACUGAGAACCUAGUUUGAAGGUUCUCUCUCUUUGAAGAGGGACUGCUUGGUGGGUGUUUGCAGAUAGGAUAUAUCCUCAUGGUUUGGAAAGGCUUUGCGUGGUGUGCGUUGCGAAGCUCCCAUUGUGCAGGAAGCUUCCUUGCUUGCUGGAGAUGUGCUGUUUGGUUAACUUUAUCUGUGAACAGAACUUGCUCGUUCAUGUGAACUGUAGAUAUAAGGGAGACUACCUAUUUGGGACCGAGUUUUUUUAUAUCUAUCUAGGGGAGGGGAUUGACUUGCAGAACUCUGUGACAUAGAUUCUGGACCCGGUCAGUGUUUUGAGGCAUCCAGAUGUUUGCAUUGUGUGUGUUUCUUUGGCAAGGAGGGUGAUCUGAAUUGAGCAAGUCAUGUGAAUUUAUGUAGUGGGGGAGCAAUAAAUGUCCUCAUCUCCCCAGCCCUAUAUCAUCACAUCUCCCUCUUGUGAGCCAAAUCCAAGCCGCCUACAAAAUAUAUGAUUUUUUUUUAAUGCUGGUGUUAAUGUUACAAUAUAUUUAGGAGGGGGAAAAUGCAUGUACUUGAACAAACAAUAUAUCCAAAGGUGAAACGGGAAGGGGAGGGCUCCUCUUGCGGCAAAUGCCCCAGUAGGAUCCUACCCUUCCCCCUCUGUUGUGGGGCAAAGUGUUUGGCAUCCAUACAUGUGUAUGAACACUGUUUUUGGGAGUGUUGAAGGAGUAGUUUUUAAUUCGUAGACUGAUACGGGUGGUAGUUUUUCAUCUUUCAGUUGAAUUGGCCAAGAGAGUCCCCAAUUAAAUGGAGAAAAGUUACGGAGGGGAGUGUUUUUAAUAAAAACGCUUAAUGAAACUGCGGAUAGAGUUAUUGUCUCUUUUCCGACAGGGAGGGAGGAAGGAUUCUUCUUAGGUGAUAUCUUUGGCUUGUAUGCAUCAUCGGUUGUAGACUUUCGGUUGUAGACUUGUGUUUUUUUUUAAAAAAGUAAGUUUCUUGCUUCAGAAUGGUUGCCUUUACUGAUAAAGCAAAAUUUGAGAGAUCAAUCAGCCGCUCAUACAAGUGACCGGUUAAAAUUAUUUUAAUUACUUUUUGAGCCCUUGAAACAGUACACAUAAUGUAUGCAAUGCACCCAAGUGGAUGGAGAAUUAUUAUUAUUAUUAUUAUUAUUAUUAUUAUUUUAAAGUGUGCCGCUGAAUAAUCACAGUGCACGUAAGUACUGGUGUGGUGGGGCUCCCCACCUUCGAAAAUGGAUACCCCAGCGGUUUGGGGUAGGAGAGGAAGCAGCCAGGAUAAAUGCACCUAUGUAUGUAUGCACAGGCCUAUGAUAGGUGUUUGAGUGUAUAUGCAUGCACAUAGAAAUUGGGGGGGGGGGGGCGAGGUGUCUUUUUUGUGCCAUUUGUUUGUGCAUUAUAUCAAAAUGCUCCGCUGAGCCGAUGGGAUGUAUUUCUGCCCCUCCACAGACACACAUGAGAUGCAGGGAUGCAAAUGAGCAGUGACAGGGGAGGGGGGCAGCCCCUCUUUCUCUCUGCAGUGAAGCAGAGGAAAGAAGCUGGCUGGCACUCUGUGUCUGGCUAGCUGAAAGGGGGGGAGCUGAAGGGGGGAGUGGGAAAAGAGAGCGCGGCUGGGCCUGGCUCCCCCUCCCUCCCUGCACACGGAAGGAAGGAAGGAGAUGCCGGAGGUUUGGAGGAGGAGCUGUUGCCGCUGCUCUGGGGCUGGGUAGGAUCCGGGAUCGGAUGGGGAGACCUUGGGGGUGGAGGGGGAAAGGCAGCUUCCAGCGAGGAGGGGGGGAGGGGAGGCGGUUUGUGGGUAGCAGGAGGUAAGCGGGGUGGGGUGGCUUGGGGACGGCGACGAAACUGGAGACAGCAGGGAGGCGGGGUGGGGGGUUGGGGAGGACUGGGGCUUGCAGGUUUGGGGGGUUAAGGUGGAAGGAGGCGAAGGAAGGAGGGAGCUGGCACUCGGAUGAGGAGGUAAAGAGGGGGGGCAUGAUGUGGAGCUUGUAAGGGGAGGGGUGGCUUGGCUGCCGGGCGGAAGGAACACCGGGGCUGCAGAAAAAUGGUGGGUUCAAGAGGUGCCGGGGUUCACGGCUGGGGGUGGGUUUGGGUUUAGGCAGGGAGGCUAUGUAGGGAGCUCCGUGGGGAUGGAAGAGGGUGGGGGGAGGCAUGCCGGGUUGCAGCGUGCAGAGAAUGGGGUGCAUUAGGGGGCUGGGAAGGCAGAGGUGUGCAGACAGGCGGAGGGCAAGGCUUUGGGGGAGGAAGGAUUAGCCCAGGCUGGGUGGAGGGAGGAUGUUGGGGCAGGUGGGUGCAAAUGGAUGGAGGAGAAACAACCGCCAGGUGGGCUGGAGGGAGAAGAAGGGGCCCUGGUGUGAGGCUGGGGGGGGGGGAGAAGGAAGUGUUGGGAGACCAGGGGAUUCAGUUCAGAGGUGUGCAGGGGUCCAAAAUUGGGUUUGUUGGCAGAUGCAAAGUGAUGGGAGAAAGCCCUUGAAAUAACUUAGAGGGGUGUGAGCAGGAUAGGAAGUGGGGUACAAGGAUGCUCCCCCCAAGAAAAAGGGUGUGCAGGGGGGAAAGGGGAUGGAUGUUGUUUUAGUGGGGGCUGUUUAAAUCAGUAAAACAGCCAAGGAAAGCAGGGGGAGUGGAAAUUCAUAGUUUCAAGUUAAAAGGCCCACUUGUUCUGUUUUGUUUUUUCUCUUGAGGCUGUUUUUGGUCCGGGUGUCUUGACUGGAAGGGUCAGGGGUGGUUGCUGCUGGACUAGAACUCCCUUCACCCUGACUCUGAUGGGAGUUGGAGUCUGUCAGCAUCUAGAGGGCCAGAGUUUAGCUACACCUGACCUAGGGCAUGAACAAGGGAACACAGAAAAGAGUACUUCCUCCUGACAAUGACUUGCUAACUUUUAGGUGUUGUGCAUCCUCAGAUUUCCUUCUUGCCUUUCUCCCCACCCCUUUACAAGACCUCUGCUUUGGUUUUUUGAUAAUACACAAAUUAAAUUAAAUCAGCUCACUGGUCGGUUGAAAGGCAGAAGAUACACCUUAGCCGACUGGUCAAUUGACAUUCCUAUCUUUUAGAGCAGGAUCUCAAACUGUGUCUCUCCAAAGGUGGUCAGUCUCCAGGCUCCCAUCAGCCUCAGCAGGCAUGGCUGAUUCUCAGGGUUCAUGGAGGUUUUCCCACCUCUGGAGGGCACUAUGGCACCCACCUGUGUUGAAGGGCACCCAUAGGUGAUGUGGUCUCUGUCUGGAUUUUCCAGGACAAGCAACUCGUGUGUCCUUGGAAUUAAGGAGUAAGGUGAAAAGAUUCCAAAAUUGCAGAGAAUCUAACAAGCACCUGUCCAAUGCAUUCUGGCUAAUCAAAAAUAAAACAAAACCCAACCCUACUGGUUAAAGAUCGGAUAUGCAGAAACACAUUUUGGCUUUGAGUUUAACCCUGGAAUAGCCUGCUGUGCACAGACGCAACCACAACUUCUUUGCUUUAUUUUUGCAUCCUCCUCCUCCUCACCAGAAAUUGUGCCACUAGCGGACCAUCAUCCACCAGUUGCUUCAGAUGCAAUUUUUAAAGAGGCAUCUCAUUUUGCCAGGCCCAUAAGAUGGGGCCCUGUUGUUGCUAAAUUUUUAUUUCUAUAAUCCUGUUUUAAUGAAACUCUUAUUUGGGCUUUUUUUUAAAAAAAAAAAAGUUUUAUUGUGUUUGUUUAUUUAAUUUCCAUACCGCCCUUCAUCCAAGUAUCACAGGACAGUUUGGAAUAUACCUUAAUGUUGCAUUUUUUUGCAUCUGGCUUAGGGAUUUUUAGAAUAGAUGGUGCUUUUUGGCAAUCCUUGUAAGGGAAAAUCUGUAGAUAAUAUUUCCCUGGAAGUAGUUAUGUUUCUGCAGCUGUCGUCAGGCUCAUCCACACUUGUUCUAAGAACAGGAACACAUUCUCUCCAUAAGGAGGAUGGUGCAAAGCUGACUCAAAAUGCUGUUCUCAUUUCCCUGGAGGGGGUGUGGUUACUUUGGCAAGAGGUAUAGACAUCCCUGGAGAGGCAAAUUUCUCCUCCACUAACUGUUCGGGGUAGAGAGUGCAUUGUUGCUAACUAUUAAUAAUGAUUUUAAGAGAAGAACCUGUUAAUUGUCCUUCCUCACACAAUCUUUUCUCCUAGGAUCCAUUCAUAUGUCAGAAAUAACAUAAGCAUGGUUUUGGGGGUGGGGGAAUUGCUGGGCUUUGCACUUUAGAACAUACAGUGGUACCUCUGGUUAUGAAUGGAAUCUGGUCUGGAGGUCCAUUUAUAACCGGAAAUUGCUCAUAACAUGAGGCGUGCUUUUGCUAAUGGUGUGUCCCGCUGCGCGCGCUUCUAGCAUGUAAUUUCCAUUUGCAUCCUGGGUCAAAGUUCACAACCAGGAUCAGCUACUUCCAGGUUAGCGGACCUCACAACCUGGAGCGUGCGCCACCAGAGGCGUUCGCAACAAGAGGUACCACUGUACAUUUAUUUAACAACAUUUAUAUACCACUUGAUUGCAGUAAAACCUUUAAAGCUUUUUGCAAGAAAUAUUAAAACCAACCACUGAAAGUUUAAAACCAAUUAACAUUGUCAGUAAACUAGAAAAAGAUCAGAACCCAUUGACAUUCACACAUCCAGAUAGGUUUGCAUAAAUGAAAAUGUUUUUCAGCGGGUGCCAAAGUUCAGCAAAGGCAUCUUGCCUGAUGUCCACAGGUGGGGAGUUCCAAAGUUCAGGUGCUGCCACACAAAAAGAUCAAUUUCUUACAACUGCAGAAGAGUGGCACCUGUGGCAGUGCUAAUUUUGCAGAUGGAUGUGGCAGAGAGGGCACAUGGGGGGGGCAGGGCUUGCAUUUUUUCAAUGCCUUCCCUUGUAAAAGAAUUCUCUGCAUAUGAAAAGAUAUAAUGGACUGUUGGGAGACUGUGAGACCUUUGGUUCCUAGACCUGCUAGCAAUUUUUCCAUGCUUCACUUUGUUAUUCUGGGAGAACACUUACAGAAGAGUAUGCUUUGGUUUUUACAAAGGACAAGGACAGCUGAGAAAAUUAUUUAAUUAUUUGAUAUAACAACAACAACAACAACAAUAAGAAAUUGCUUUAUAUUGAGUAAAAAAAUUGGUUCCUGUAGCUCAGCACUGUUUCCACUGACUGGCAGCUCUGCAAUGUUUCAAAGAGGCUGCAGAUUGGACCUGCUGCACCAAUGAGCUACGCCUUUUCCCCUAAGGGCACUCUAGGCAGCGCUUUCUAUCCUGGAAGACAUUAUUCCAAAACUCAACUCUGCCCUUCUUUGCGCUUGGAUGCUUGAAACAAAUUCUUUAUUUCUGUUCUGUGUUGGGUGAUUCGUUAUUAUUUUUGAAAAAUCGUGUGGCGCAUAUUCUCAGUGCAAAUUAGGCAGGGUGAACAUGGCUCUGUUUGGAGGGCAUCGUGUUGACGUGUAGCCCUGAAAGCCUUCAGGUGACUGCUAAAUGGCGACACUUGCUGUAGAUUUCCAAGCUUUUCUGGGUUCGGUGAUCCCAAAUGAGAAGCCGCUGCAUAAACUGAGUAACUGACCCCCCCCAUCUACUCUAGGAAACUGGAGGUUGUAGCUCUAUGGUGGAGCACAUCAUUUGAAUGCAGAAGAUCCAUGGGUCAAUCUGGUAUCUCCAGACUAAUGAUAUGGACUCAGCUGCUACUUCUGUGGGCUAAACCAGGGAUGGGGAGCCUGUGGUCCUCCAGAUGUUCUUGGAACUCCCAACUUCUAUUGACCAGUGUCCAAGGAGUUAUAGCUCAGCAUCGUCUGGUGGGCCACAGGUUCCACAACCCUGCCCUAGGGAGUCACUGCCAGAAAUGGGCCCGAUGGACCAUAGCUCUUGAGUCCUUUUUGUGUAAGCACUUCCUAUGGUACUCUUCUUUCUGAAGAAUUUCCUGCACUGUUCUCAGCAAUGGGUUUUUAGUUUCUCUAGUUAGAUCAGUGCUGGGAAACCUGUGGUCCUGUAGAUGCAGCUCCCAUUGCUCCUCACCGUUGACCAUGUUGGCUGGGACUGAUGGCUGUUUGAGUUCAGCAACGCCUGGGGGGCCACAGGUCCCUUGUCUAUGGCUUAGAUCAGGGGUCAGCAAACUUAACUGCACAUCAGACCAGUGUCUCUAGCGCCGAUCGCAUGGAGGGCUGUGGAGUGUGUGCCCAUAUGCAUGUGCACACGCUAUUUCCGGUGCACUUCCGGGUCGGAGGAGCACCAGAAAUAGCUUGUGCUCAUGUGCACGGGCCUCCUCCCACCCGGAUGUGCACCGGAAAUAACGCUUGCACAUGCGCACAAGCUAUUUCCAGUGCUCCUUCGACCCGGAAGUGGGCAGCCGCGCACCACCGGUAAGAACGGGCAGCGGGGGUUGCCGGAGGCCAGAUAAAUGAGUCCCCUUAGUUUGGGGACCCCGGCUUAGAUCCUUACACAGGUUCUCCACCAUUUUAAAUGUUCAGGCUUGUCUCCCAACUAAGUCCAACUCAGAGGAGACCCAAUGAAAUGAAUGAAUUUAAGUUGGUCAUAUCUAUUAACUUCAGUAGGACUAGCAUUGGAGCCAAUAUGCUUAAUUUGAGCUGUUGGCUCAUUUACACGUGCUCCCAAUGUUGCCGCUUGAUGCCUCAAUCUUUACCAGAUAAAGAGCCCAGAUAUGCUCUAGCAAACAUGAGUGGGUGGUAAUUGAGUGCCUUGAAGAUGGUGCCUGUUGAUGGACAGGAGAAGCCAUUGAGUUGUGCAUCAGAUGAUUGAAAGUCUGUAGCCGCCUUUUGGGGGUCUGUUAUUUGAAUUGGAAAUGGCCAUUCUCCUGUGUUCCUUAAAUCUUCUGCAUAUCUUAUUAAAAAGUAGUUCCAAGUAAAUGGGAAUAUCGGAAGCUACCUUAUGCCAACUGCUAGCUAUAUUCUGCCUCCCUUGUUAGAGGCAGCAAUGUUCUGAAGACCAGUUGCUGGAAAGCACAGAAGGGGAGAGUGAUGGUGUGUUCUUGAUCUCAGGUCCUGCUUGCAGGCUUCCCAUUGGCGUAUCUGCUUGGUCACUGUGAGAACAGGAUGCUGGGCUAGACGGGCUGUUGGCCUGACCCAACAGGCUCUUCUGUUCCCACUUCUAGCCCAAUAUUGUGACCACGGACUGGCACUGGCUUUCUGGGGCUUCAAACAGGGGCCUUCCUACUGGGAGAUAGCAGAAAUUGAACAUGGGACCUUUUGCAUGUAAAGCAGGGGGCCAUACCAUUGAGCGUUUGAGCCCUGGGAUUCUAGAAGGUCAUUGUUUGUUGCACAGGAUAUUCCUAAGGAGGGCAAUGCACAGACGCGGCCCAUGCAAACGCUUGGCUUAUCUCCUCUCUCUGCAUGCCUGGUGGUUUUAAGAGUUGGAUUUUCCUGGUUUUUUGCUCCUUUCUAAAUGAAUUAACCAGAUACUUCCAGUUCCUAUGAAUUUUCGAACUUGGAAGAGGAGAUGGGAAGAGCGAUUGGCGGGCUUGGGGGGCAUAGAGAGGUGUGUGCUUCUACUGAUGGGCGCUACUGAAAUGUAAUCUUAUAGAGCUGUUGUGUGUUUAAUUUGUGGUGGGGGGGGGAGAGAGAGAACAAAGCAGAGAGGUUCUGGGACUGGAACAGGUGUAAAAAGCUGUAUUUUGUUAGUGGCCUUUGGGCAUUCUAGGAUAUUGAAAUCUGCUGUGUUGCUUCUUACUUAAAGCCCUACACUUUCCUCCUUUCCAGCCAGCUCUAGACCGCCUUCUUCUUGCUUCAUGAGGCUCAACCCCACCUGAUUGUGACCCUUGAACCGCUGCAGUUGGGGAGGGGCCCCUCCGGACAGCCCCCUCCCUCAGCCAGCAGCCGAACCUCUCUCUUCUGCCAUGGCUGACCCCAUAAUGGACCUCUUCGAUGACCCCAACCUCUUCGGCCUGGACUCAUUGACGGAUGAGAGCUUCAGCCAGGGGCCCCCAGACCCCAUUGAGGAGGCCCUGGGGCUGCCAGGCGGUGCCUUGGACUCCCUGGCAGGGGGCGCCAAAGAACAGCCUGCCCCUGCACAGCCCGAGCCUCCCCAGCCGCAGGCCCUGCCCCUCUCGGACGCGCAGCCCGAGGCUGUGCCUGAACUGCCGCAGCAGGAUCAGCCGGGGCUCCUGCAGGCCCCCCAGGACCAGGAAGUCCUCAGCCAGGGCAACCCCUUCAUGGGCGUCUCCUCUGCCACCACCACGACAGUUGCAGUGCCGUCUUCAUCUGCCGGAGGGCAGCAAGGCGCCACUGUCACAGCGGCCCCACCUGCCGCCCCAAAGAUUGUCAUCUUGAAGGCGCCGGCAGGCAGCUCGGUGACGGGGGCCCACGUGGCCCAGAUCCAAGCCCAGCCCAUCGGGGCCGCCAACGGGGGCAAAGUGACCUUCGCCAAGGUGCUGACAGGCACCCCACUGCGGCCGGGGGUCUCCAUCGUCUCGGGCAACGCGGUGCUGGCCACCAAAGUGUCCCCUGGAGCGGGGGCCCCAGCCACACUCCACCGCCUGGUGCAGCCUGGCCGGCCCGUCAAGCAGCUGGUGCUCCAGCCCAUCAAGAGCCAGCCGGGGGGCAGCACUGGAGCCACGCCCCUCAAGCCUGCCGUCACUCUGACCUCUACUCCGGCACAGGUGAGCAAGCAGAAAGCGAUCGGGUGUGUUGGGGCGGCCGGCUUGGGUGGGAUACUGAUCCAGGCAGCAUGGCGCGGUUAGACUUGGACUUGGGAGACCCGGGUUUGAGUCCCUACUCGGCCACGAAGCCCCCUGGGUGACCCUGGGUCAGUUCCCACCUCUCAUCUUAACCCGGUGUUUCUCAAACUCUGGCCUCCAGCUGUUGUUGGACUACAACUCCCAUCAUCCCUAGCUAGCGGGACCAGUGUUCACGGAUGAUGGGAAUUGUAGUCCAACAACAGAGGGAACUGCUACCCUUGAGAGAGGUUCCCCUGAGAGAGGAGCUGUUUAAACAGCAUCGCACAAUAUUUACCAAUGAUGGAACAAUACAAGGCAGCUCCUUUAUAUCCUUAUUCUGGCUCACUGGCUCUCAGGCUAGGGGGUCACUAGAAAUUCAGGAGCCUCUAGGCCAGGUGUGGGGAACAUAGGAAUCUGCCUUAUACUGAGAAUCGAACAGUCGGUCCAUCUAGUGGGUAGGGCUGAUUCUUUCCGUUUUCGUGUAUAUAAGAAUCUCGCCACUGUAAUGGUAUAUCGGAGUAACCUUCCUUAAUGGGAGUGGCAGCUUCUUAAUGUAUUAGGUGCUGAGAUUUUUUUUUAUGGCUCUUGGAUCCCCCUUUCUUCCCUACAGGGAGAGUCGAAACGCAUCACCUUGGUCCUCCAGCAGCCCCCGGCAGGUGGAGGCGCCCCAGGGCAGCGCCACGUGGUUCUGGGCAGCCUGCCGGGCAAGAUUGUGCUCCAGGGCAACCAGUUGGCGGCCCUGAGCCAGGCCAAGGGCGCGCCAGGGCAGCCAGCCAAGGUGGUCACCAUCCAGCUCCAAGUUCAGCAGCCCGGACAGCAGCAACUUGGCGGCCAGCCUGGGACCCAGAAGAUCCAGCUUCUGCAGCAGCCCCCACCCACCUCCUCCGGCCAGCAAGGGACGUUGGGUGUGUCCUCCGUACAGCAAGCCCAGGUGGUGAGCGGUUCGGGGCAGAGAGUGACAGUUCCCCUCAAAGUCGUGUUGCAGCCGCAGGUAAGGGCAGCGCUUCUGCCACGCUCAGUCUGCUUUGGGGGUGUCUUGGUAUACGACAGCUAUAGAGCGCCUAGUGAAAAUCAUGAUGGGGGGUGCAGGGGCCUCAAUUCCCUUGGGAGUGCUGGGGUGUGGAGCUCUGGUCAUGUUAGCAGAGCCACAAUCCAACUCCCUGGGAAUCUCUGCCUUAGCUUGGAAAAAAAAAGGAAGAGGCAAUUUUCUAGCUCUCAUGAUAGUUUUGGAAAUGUGUGGACAAUGUUUGCAGAGAUCUCCAAAUCCAGAGCGUUAACUGAAUGAGACAUUAUUUGUCGCAGCUAGGCCUUUCUUCUGCCCUGGCUGCAACAAAGCAUGUCUCUCUUGCAUUGGUCUUGACAGCCACAGCAGGCACUGAAACCUAACAGUUUGACCUCACUGCCAAAGGUUGUACCCCUCCAUUGUCCCCAGAGACAGACGUAUGCCACUAACUGAGUGAGGGGCCACUGCAUUCUGGUGAACAGCAAAACCAGGAUAAACUGCAGGCAGCGACAAAAUUGCGGGGAAAACGCUGUUGCAGUUUUGCAAUUCAUACGUGAUGCGGAACUGAACAUGGACUUGUUUUGUGUGGAAAUGGGAUUCCCUGCCUGCCAGAUUGUAGUUGCUUUAGCACGGAGAUCAUGAGUGAUAAAUCAUGGAAACAACAGAAGCAGGAAGUUAAGGGAAGGUGAUUGUAGAUAGCGUUUACCCCUGACAUUAAAAGAAAAUAAAACCACCUAGGUUUUCUUUAAAAAAAUUUUUAGAAAACUGGUACACACCAAACCUGCUAUUUGCCUCCAAAAGCCUUUGGGGCAUAAGUGUGUUCAGUUUUUAAAUUAAUAAUUUUUAAAGUGCUGGAGUGUGUCUUAAUGAAAUUUUCGUUGGCUGCCUUUACUCUCAACUUUUUUUAUUGUGCUGUAUUUUUUUUAAAGAAUGUUUUUUGUUAAGCCACCUUGAGCUCUGCUGUGGGGGAUAUGGAGACACAAUAUUCCAGUUUUGGUCUGACCAAUGCAGUCUAAAGCAGCACUAUGACUUCCUUUGAUGCCACCUAGAAUAGCAUUAGCUUUUUUGCCGCUGCAUCACCCUGUUGACUCCUGUUAAGCUUGUGGUCUAUUACGACCCCUAGAUCCUUUUCACCUGUACUACUGGCAAGCCAGGUGUCCUCCAUCCUAUAUUUGCGCAUCUGGUUAUUCAUGCCUAAGUGUGGAACCUUACAUUUGUCCCUGUUGAAAUUCAUUUUGUUAGCUUGGGCCCAUUUCUCCAAUCUGUUAAGGUCGUAUUGAAUCCUGUUUUCCGUAUGCUGCCGAAAUCCACUUAGCUACUGAUGGGUGGAAAACCUAAGGAACUCCAGAUGUUUUUAGACUUCAACUCCCAUCAGUCCCAGUCAGCAAAGGAAUUGCUGAGGGAUGAUGGGACUUGUAGUAGUAACUGAUAGUUAUUAAUUUUUCUACUCCACCCACCUGACAUGGGUUGCUCCAGCCACUCUGGGCAGCUUCCAACAGAAUAUACCAAAACACAGCAGAGCAUCUGACUUUAAAAGUUUCCUGAGACAGGGCUGCCUUCAGGUGUCUACGAAAGGUUGUAUUGUAUACAGUGGCAGCUCAGUUUACAAACUUAAUUUGUUCUGGAAGUCCAUUCUUAAACCAAAAUCAUUCUUAAACUGAGGCGCGCUUUCCCUAAUGAGGCCUCCUGCUGCUGAUGCCCUUCCACCGUUCGGGUUCCGUUCUUAAAAGGUAAAGGUAAAGGUACCUCUGCCCGUACGGGCCAGUCGUGUCCGACUCUGGGGUUGCGCGCCCAUCUCGCUUAAGAGGCCAGGGGCCAGCGCUGUCCGAGGACACUUCCGGGUCACGUGGCCAGCGUGACGAAGCUGCUCUGGCGAGCCAGCACCAGCGCCGCACACUGAAACGCCGUUUACCUUCCCACUAGAAAGCGGUACCUAUUUAUCUACUUGCACUUAGGGGUGCUUUCAAACUGCUAGGUUGGCAGGCGCUGGGACCAAACGACGGGAGCUCACCCCGCCGCGGGGAUUCGAACCGCCGAUCAUGCGAUCGGCAAGUCCUAGGCGCUGAGGUUUUACCCACAGCGCCACCCGCGUUCUGUUCUUAGACCAAGGUAAACUUCGCAAACCGGGACACUACUUCAGUUUUGCGGAGUUCGUAAACCGAAUCGUUUUUAAACAGGACUGUUCUUAAACCGAGGUACCACUGUAAUGAUUCACAUCUUUGACAUCUGACAGGAGGGCGGGUGCCACUACCGAGAAGGCCCUCUGCCUGGUUCCCUUUAACUUCACUUCUUGCAGUGAGGGAACCACCAGAAGGCCCUCGGAGCUGGACCUCAGUGUCAGGGCUGAAUGAUGGGAGAUGCUCUUCCAGUGUUACAGGGCCAAAGGCAUUAUUGAAUAUCUGGAAGCUUGCAGGUUCCCCAUCCUUAUUGUAGGAUAUGCUGGUCCUUUGUUAGUGCAGCUUUUGCCUGGCCUUCUGUCUGGACCAGGAUGCUGUUGCCUGGAUGUAACGUGCACCUGUUUUUGUAACACUUCCCCACCCCGCCCGCAGGCCAGCUCAUCGCAAGGCAGCUCCUCUGGGCUCUCCGUUGUGAAGGUGCUGAGCAGUAGCGAGGUGGCCGCCCUCCCUUCCUCCAGCGGGACGGCGCGGAGCAGCUCGGACGAAUCCCGCAAGCUGGAACACCAGAAGAAGCAGGAGAAGGCCAACCGGAUUGUGGCGGAGGCCAUCGCCCGGGCUCGGGCCCGGGGCGAGCAGAACAUCCCCCGCGUUCUGAACGAGGACGAGCUUCCCAGUGUGCGCCCCGAGGAGACGGGAGAGCGCAAGCGUCGCCGGAAAGGCGGAGGCGACCGCGUCCCCAAGGAAGAGCGGCCACGCAAGGGCAGGGGCCAGGGGGGAUCGGGGAAGAGCAAAGGAAGAGGGAAGCCCAGGUGAGAAAGGCGAUGGGGCAGGAUCCUCCGUCCCGCCUCCCUUUCUCUCGAGAGGCGAGCCCGUUUCUCAUUCAUUCUCUCUCUCUCCUUCUUCGCAGCACCAUCACGCCAGUCGUAGGGAAGAAGCGGAAACGGAACGCUUCCUCGGACAACUCGGACGCUGAGGUCAUGCCGGCACAGUCCCCCCGCGAGGAGGAGGAGAGCACUGUUCAGGUGAGACCUGGCAGGGAGCAUGUCUGAGGAAGUGAUUUAUUGGUGUGCAUGAGGAACAGCUCUGGUUUUAUUGAGGAUUAGCAUCCCGAGUUACUCAACAUUCCCAUCAUGCUCCGUAAUCUUUCCAGCACCCCUGCACAGGAGGCUGGCAUUAAUUGUUUGCAAAGUUAUUGCAAAGGUCAAGUCUUCCUGGCUUGACUUCUGGAUCCCCCAUGCUUCUUGGGUUGAGUUGUGAGAAGGCAUAGACCAAUGGUAGCCCAUGUGGUGCCCUUCAGAUGUUGGGGACUUCAGCUCCCAUUACCCCAGACUAUUGAUUAUGCUAGCUGAGGCUCAUGGGAGUUGGAGGCCACCAUGUUGGUUACCCCUGGAUUAUACCGUACUUGCAGCAUUUAAAAGGGUUUGCAUAGUUGUUUCUUUAUCAUUCCAUGUUUUUGGCUCCAAAUAAGUUCAAACGCUCAACCCAGACCUCGCCUAUAUGUAUUACACAGAAAAUUAAGGUUUGUUUUUAAAUGUAGAAAGCUGGUGUGGUUUUUUUAAUCUGUUUAAAAUCUAUUAUUUUAACUUUGAAAGUUUAAAACAUAGUGUUUUUAAUUUAUCUUAUUGAGAAUGUUUUUGUUUUUUCAUAUUUGUAAACCACUUUGAGGGUUUUGUUUUGUUUUUAACAAUCAACCAGUGUAUACAUUUCAUGAGAUAAAUCAAUAAAAUAAAUUUGUAGCGUUCUUCCCAAGUUUCAGUAAAAAAUCGUUAUCACAAAGUGAAUGUUUGUCUUAACCCCAGCUGCGUUCUCUCAGCUCUGGAAUCUUUCGUGUUGUGAAAGCAGGGACUGUUUUGUCUUCAGCUCUCACAAACAAGGCCGUCCACAGAGCUCCAUCCUCCAUACAGGGGUACCUUGGUUCUCAAACUUAAUCCGUUUCGGAAAUCCGUUCCAAAACCAAAGCGCACUUUCCCAUAGAAAGUAAUGCAAAAUUACUUUGAUUAAUCCGUUCCAGACUUUUAAAAGCAACCCCUAAAACAGCAAUUUAGCAUGAAUUUUACUAUCUAAUGAGACCAUUGAUCCAUAAAAUGAAAGCAAUAAUCAAUGUUCUGCAGUCACAGAAUCAAUCUGUAGCUGAACUAGGUUCCAUACAGUCACAAAAACAAAACGAAAAAGAGCCGCAAAAACAAAACCAUGAAAUAAAUAACAAAACCAGACAGACCUCAGCGUAACACUCAAAAUGGAAGUGUGGCACUCUAAUCAGAAGCUUAACACUCAAAACCGAGCAUGUUUGACUUCCAAAAAAAGUUUGCAAACCGGAACACUUACUUCCAGGUUUGCAGUGUUUGGGAUCCAAGUUGUUUGAGUACCAAGGCAUUUAUUUCCCUGCAGAAGCGGCGCUCGAACCGUCAGGUGAAGCGGAAGAAAUACACGGAGGACCUGGACAUCAAGAUCACGGACGACGAGGACGACGAGGAGCUCGAUGUGACGGGGCCCGUCAAGGCCGAGCAGCCGCCAGCCCCCGAACCACCUGCUCCGGAGCCGAUUCCCGAGGGGGAGACGCUGCCUUCCAUGCAGUUUUUUGUGGUGAGGCCUCUUGUCUGGUCCUCUCCUUCCCAGACCAGCUUCUUUUCAGAGUGGCUUAGUUGGGCUUCCCCAUCCUUAUAUACCGGUUCGUGUAGUGGAGCCCCGUCAGUGACGAUUAGCUGUGCUUCUUAAGUAGAGCCUCCAUGUACAGAGGCAGUGUGCACCUUAUCCGGUGCCAAGGGGGCAAAUCAAUGAUGGAGGGUUGUUCCUACUUGGCAGGCUCCCCAGAGGUUUCUGGUUAACCGCUACUGGAAAUAGGAUGCAGGGUCAGAUAGCCCAUCAAGGCUGCCUUUCUCUUUCUUAUUUAAUUGCCUCUCUCUAUCCUUUCUGUUCCAAAGGAAAACCCCAGUGAGGAAGACGCUGCUAUAGUGGACAAAGUUCUAUCCAUGCGGGUAGUGAAGAAGGAGGUGAGAACAUUUUAUCUGCUACAGGGGGGUGAGAAGAGAUGAGCUUCCUGCAGCAUGCUAGCUCCUACCCAUUUUUAUUAUUAUUAUUAUUAUUCCCCUAUAGAGACUUGUUCUUCCAGCUUACACAACACCACAGCUCGCUAAGGCAAUAGUGCCGCCUUUUGGCAGUAUUGUUUCAAAACAGACUUGGUGUUUCCCCUUGAAGACUAGCUGCGUAGUUAACUGCAUUGCGUACCCCAGUGCUUUUUUAUCUGUUUAUAGCAGUGGUGCUAUAAAUACCACUUUAUAUAAACACUGUUUAUAGCAGGGACACGGGUGGCACUGUGGGUUAAACCACAGAGCCUAGGACUUGCCGAUCAGAAGGUCGGCGGUUCGAAUCCCCGCGACGGGGUGAGCUCCCGUUGCUGGGUCCCUGCUCCUGCCAACCUAGCAGUUCGAAAGCACGAAGUGCAAGUAGAUAAAUAGGUACUGCUCCGGUGGGAAGGUAAACGGCGUUUCCGUGCGCUGCUCUGGUUCACCAGAAGUGGUUUAGUCAUGCUGGCCACAUGACCCGGAAGCUGUCUGCGGACAAACGCUGGCUCCCUCGGCCAAUAAAGCGAGAUGAGCACCAGAGUCGGUCAUGACUGGACCUAAUGGUCAGGGGUCCCUUUACCUUUACCUUAUAGCAGUGGUAGAGAAGCAAAUCCAGCCCUCCCUGGAGCUUGGCAUCAAGUAGUUCAUACUUCAGCAGACAAUCUGGGAAUACAUGCAAAGGGCACUCGUAACGCUUCCUUUGCAGCUGCGGCUUGAAAUCAAAGCAAAGACUCCUGUCGAAAGCAGGGCUCACCCUUAGCUGACCACAAGCCCUGCUUUCUCCAGGGAUCAGUUCUACUUGGGGAGUGCGAAGAUGUGCUGAAUGCAGGGCUCACGUUCUGUAAAGCAAUCGAAAGUGCAGUUAUGAGGCUCCUGGUCAUUCCUUUGUGGAUACAACCUUACCUGCCCCGCACCUGAUGACCCAUGGCUCAGGUGUAGCCCAGGCAAGAGAAAAUGGCCUCAUGGGCCAAAUUAAGCCUCUGGGUUGGAGGUUCCCCAUCCUUGGCUUAUAGUAGAACCACUUUGAGUGGUAAAGUGAAAGAACAGUAUUGGGGUGGGGGAAGAGCACUCCAUGGGAAAUCAGGUGACAAAGCUUGAAGGAGAGGGAUAAUUUUGUAUGUAUAUAUUUGUAUGUGAGCCCAGACGCAUCAGAGGCAACAUUUUGUGCAUCAUUUCUGUGCCGUGCGCAUUUCCUUCCUUCCACCCUCCACAAAACCAGUGCCGGAUUUAUUUAUAAGCUAAACAAGCUAUAGCAUAGGGCGCUGUUCUCUUGGGGCACCCCCAAAAAAAUUAAAGGGGAAAAAACUGGAUGUACAUUUCCAAAAUAUAAGAUACAAACCAAAUAAAUAAAACCUAAUACAGCAACAGUGUUUUGUGUUGUGUAGGCUCCUGUGAGGUAAGUAAUGGGCCCCGCCUGCUAGCCUGCUCCCUAAAAUAUCACUGGUUUGCUCAUUUCUAUAUAUAGGAUGCCUACAUUCUGCAUGGAUUGGUUGCAUGGCAACAUGUGCAAAGGGCUUUAGAUAUCUAUUAGGUCAGGCUUCCUCAACCUCGGCCCUCCAUAUGUUUUGAGACCACAAUUCUCAUCAUCCCUGACCACUGGUCCUGCUAGCUGGGGAUCAUGGGAGUUGCAGGCCAAAAACAUCUGGAGGGCCGAAGUUGAGGAAGCUUGUAUUAGGUCCAUAACUUACCAUAUAGCAUAUAUUCAACACAAAAAACAGUGGCAAUUUGUUGUUGACAAAGGACAGCUAGACAUAUAAGGGGCCCCAUUACCUUCAGCAUCUUAGGGCCUCAUCAAACCUAAAUCCGACUCUGCCACAACUAUUACAUCCCUGUUUCCUUUUCUUUGGCUCUCUGAUUUCACUUUCUGCCCUCUCCCGUUUACAGCUUCCCACCGGACAGUUUACAGAAGCGGAAGAAUUCUUCGUGAAAUACAAGAACUAGUGAGUAGGACGUGGCUUCUUGUGAGGCCAGUGCUGUAGCAGCUAGAGUGAUGCACUAGUACCUGGGAGAUCAGGGGUCAAAUCCCCGUUCUGUGUGACCUUGGGCCAAUCACAAUCUCUCAGCCCAACUUCCCUCCCACUGGGAUUGCGAGGAUAAAGGCGAUGCCUAUUGUAUAGGAUGAUGCCCACUGGAACUAUAGUUGCCUUGGUUCUCGAAGUUAAUCAAUUCUGGGAGUUGGUUUGACUCCCGAAACCAUUUAAAAACCAAGGCGCAGCUUCCAGUUGCCUGCAGGAGCUUCCUGCACUCAAGCGGAAGCCAUGUUGGGCGUUCGGCUUCCGAAAAACAUUCACGAACCAGAACACUUCCGGGUUUGCGGCAUUCAGGAGCCGAUUUGUUCAACAACUAAGCUGUUCAAGAACCAAGGUACCACUAGUAGGGGGAGAGGCAGGGAGGACAACACUCGGAGGAGCCAGAGCAAAUGGCUGGCGGACUUCUGCUCAGUUCUAAAGAGGCAACACUGAGAUUAAGGAGAAAUUGGCUGUUGCCAAUGCCACCCUCUUGUAAGUAAGGUAGGCAGCUGGGGACGGGAUGAAAACAGACAGUUCAGCUGCCACUGACAAAUUUUAAAAUCUGUACACAGGCAUAUAUAACUAGGGGUGUGUUAGAGUGAAGAGUGGUGGCUUACCCCUGGCUGGUUAUAAAAUCCAAGCACUUCUUUCCAGAGGGAACCUGAGGUGGGCUUCCAUAGAACCAUCAAACUGUAGAGUUGGAAGGGACCCCAAGAGUCAUCUAGUUCAAUCCUUCAAUGCAGAAAUCUCAACUAAAGCCUCCAUGGCAGAUGGCCAUCCAACCUGCUUAUGAAUUGAUAGAUUGCACAUGCCGCACAGGAAGUAUUUCCCCUUCCUGUUAGGUACCCCUUUUUAUGGUCACCCUAGAGAUUUUCAAUGUAUUAUUAUUCUCUUUCUCCCUUGCUUCCUACCCCAAACCACAUCCUGCCUCUGCGUCUUCUCCAAGCUCCUACUUGCACUGCGAAUGGGCCACCAUCGCUCAGCUGGAGAAAGACAAGCGGAUCCACCAGAAGCUCAAGCGCUUUAAGACCAAAAUGGCCCAGAUGAGGCACUUCUUUCACGAGGUACCUAAGGGACUAGAAGCUUUUUCAAGAGGAAAGAAAGCUGAGGUCCUCAGCAAGCCCAGCUCCCAGAUUCCUUCUAUGGAGUGCACACCCAGGUCUUGCCCACACCUCCUGUGUUUUGUCUCCGUAGGACGAGGAGCCCUUCAAUCCAGACUACGUGGAGGUUGACCGCAUCCUAGACGAGUCGCACAGCAUUGACAAGGACAAUGGGGAGGUGUGUUGGUGUCUUGGAGGAGGUUGGGGGCACUGCAGGAGGAUUUGUUGCAGAUUGUGACCGGAUUCCUUGUGGCAAAGUAUUGGGUGCUUUCAAAAACAGCCAGCUCCUUUUUCAGCCUGUCCCCCAAGUCUGUCAAUUGGCUUCAGAGGCUAUUUCCUAUGUCCCACCACCUCUGGAGCUUUGACAGGCGGGCACAAGAGGCAGAGACUUCUUGGUGGUAGCACCAGAAUUGUAGAACUCCUGUCCUGGGAAAGAUCGGUCAGGUCUAACUCCUUCCCAUUAAUGUUAAAGACAUAUCUGUUUCGAGGGGCUUUACAGUGAUGACUACUUACCGUAUUUUUCCGUGUAUAACAUGGGGGACUCCAAAUUAAGAAAAUGGGGGUGAUUGCCCAGAGUUGUUGAGCUCUUUUUAGGGGCGAUUACCAAAUACCGCUCACCAGCCUGACCUGUGCUUCAACGUCCCCCCUGUGCACUACCCAUGUAUAAGAGGAGACCAAAUUUUUAACCUACUUUUUAAAAAAAGAAAUGUAGUCUAAUACACAGAAGAGUAGUGUAUGUUCCCUGAAGUAUACUGCUGCUUUUGAAAUGGAUAGACAUGCACACACUGCUUACUCCUAGACUUUUUCUGUUUUCAUGGCACUUUUUAUUGAUAGCAAUAAAAGGUGGUAGCGACCUCUGCUUCAGAGUAUCUGUAGAAGUGUGUAUACACACGAAAGCUCAUACCUAGAAGGCUUAUACUUAGUUGGUCUUUAAGCUGCUACUGGAAUUAUUUAAAAAAAACAUUUUUGGGGAAAGAUUCUUUUAAAGACUGUCUUAAGACAAAAAGACUAGAUUCUCUUAAAGGAGUUCUUUAUUAUUUUAAUAAUAAUAAUUACUGUUAUUAUUUGUCGUCUUGUUAUUUAUUGGGUGCUGUGGUCUAAACCAUUGAGCCUCUUGAGCUUGCUGAUCGGAAGGUCGGCGGGUCGAAUCCCUGCGAUGGGGUGAGCUCCCGUUGCUCGGUCCCAGCUCCUGCCCACCUAGCAGUUUGAAAGCAUAUCAAAGUGCAAGUAGAUAAAUAGGUACCGCUCUGGUGGGAAGGUAAACCACAUUUCCAUGCGCUGCUAUGGUUUAGCCAGAAGCGGCUUAGUCAUGCUGGCCACAUGACCCGGAAAAACUGUCUGCGGACAAACGUCAGCUCCCUCGGCCAGUAAAGCGAGAUGAGCGCAGCAACCCCAGAGUCGUUCGCUACUGGACUUAACUGUCAGGGGUCCUUUACCUUUACCUUUUAUCUCUUUUUUAAAGAAAAAAGCUUGCUUGUUCUUGAGCAGCUCUGAAUAUAGCUGUACAGGUGCAAAAAAUAAAAAUCUAUUGACUAAAUAAAGAGGCUAUUGUAGCUUGCAAAUGGACCCUAAGCAUGCACAUGUCUCUUGAACACUCUGCAGCCGGUGAUCUAUUACUUGGUGAAGUGGUGUUCGCUCCCCUACGAGGACAGUACGUGGGAACUCAAAGAGGACGUGGAUGAGGGGAAGGUCCGGGAGUUCAAACGCAUCCAGUCUAGGCACCCGGAGCUGAAGCGCGUGGUGAGUGACACCUCAGCAUUUCCCCUUCCCCCAGAAUUCUUGAUACGUGGACUUCUCUGCUACGUGGAUUUAUCUUCUGUGGGGGUGGUUGUUGCAAUUUUGGCUCUGGGUAAUGUUGGAACACCUGCUUCUUUGCUCCAAGAAAUAUAUCCGUGACCCAACUUCUUUUAGCCUAUUUUACUUCAUUGUUGUAAGGCUAAAAGAGAGUGGGACAGAACCAUGUAUGCUUCUUUGAACUACUUAAGAGGAAAAUGAGAUAUAAGUGUAAUAAAUUUUCAUUCUUCCUACCCCCUUUUAAUUUUUGCUUUAAAAAUCAGGAUUUUGUUUUAAUUUUUGCAAGUGAAGAUGAUUGCAUCUGUGUGAGGCUUUGCACCCCACUGGUUUUUCAAUAUAUUUAUAUGUUUUUUUCGUUAUAAACUGUGAUCAAGACAAUUUUUUUUUAAUCUUUUAAUAUUUGAGCAUCCCUAAAUGUGACUUAAAAAAAAAAAAAAAGGAAGGAAGGCAAUUCAUAAAUGAGCAAUUUGGUUAUUUCAAUGGGUCUUUGGUUUGGGUGUUUUGGGUUUUUUCCUGUUGGUUGUGGUUCUGAUUUUUUUUAAAAAAAGUUUUAAUGCUCACUGUAUAUUCCUGUUGUAUGGGCAAUCGUUUCCGGAAGAUAUUUGUAUUUCGAGGAGUUUAGUGAUCUGACAUGGUCAUGUCUUCCUGCCUCUGUUUACUUUCCCUCUCUAUCUCUUGUUCUGCUCUUUGAUGGCUGAGAACAGCCUUUAAUUUGUUGGAAGGAAGUGAUAAUGCAGGGUACCUUCUGACCCUCUUUGAUGUUAGACAUUCAUUGGAGGAACAUGUGGUAUUGGAAGAGGAGGCUAGCUAAUUAAUAAUCUGCACUAGCUAGUCGGGCAAGGCAUCAAGGCUAACAAGUUAGCUAUCUGUAAAUCGGAUGGUUUUGAGGCAUAGUUCUGAGAAGCUUGUGCACGGACUGAUGGCCCCAGGGCCGUGCAACCUCAGGCUACGUGGGGGUCACUUUGCCGCUUCUUGAGGGCUUCCCAGUGGCAGAUCGAAGUGCUUGCUUGAUAAUGUAUAUAAUGCUUGCUGUUUAGAAUAAAAUCUUUAAUCUUCUCACUCACGUGUGUUUGUAUUGCUUCUGAAUCUCAUUAAAAGAACCACCUUGCAUUUAGCAAGACGCCUGUCCAUUUUAUUUCUCGCUAACCGACUUGGAUUUUUUAUCUGGGGGUGAGGGAAGGAAGGCGAUAUUAAAAUCUUAAUAAAUAAAUUCCAGCCCUGAUACGUUAAUGAGAAAUCUUUAGAGGUUGUUCUCUCUGCAAGGAUGGAGAAUUGGUGGCCUUCCUUUCACCCCUGACCUUAGGUCGUGCUGAAUUAGGGCUCAUGGGAGUUGGAGUCCCACAGUAUCCCGAGUCCCACAGGUUCUGCAGCUCUUGAUUCCUGAGGUGCAAAGCUAUAUACUUUUCUCCUUUCAGGCCCGUCCCCAGGCUGGUUCCUGGAAGAAAUUAGAGCUGUCUCAUGAAUACAAGAACGGCAACCAACUGCGAGAGUAUCAGCUGGAGGGUGUGAAUUGGUUGCUGUUCAACUGGUACAACAGGUGAGCCCAAGGGAAGGAGAGGAGAAGAGCAGAACGCUCUGCUGUCAUCCGCAUUUGUAUCCUGGGUGCUAAAUCAGGGAAUUAAAGGUAUGAUGGGUUCUCUCAUCUGUAUAUAUACAGGGUCAAAGAGCUGUAUAGAACAGUGAAACACCCACUCCCAUCUAUCUGGGAAUUAGAAUACAGUGGUACCUCGGGUUACAUACGCUUCAGGUUACAGACUCUGCUAAUCCAGAAAUAGUACCUUGGGUUAAGAACUUUGCUUCAGGAUGAGAACAGAAAUCGUGCUCUGGCGGCGCAGCAGCAGCGGGAGGCCCCAUUAGCUAAAAUGGUGCUUCAGGUUAAGAACAGUUUCAGGUUAAGAACGGACCUCCAGAACGAAUUAAGUACUUAACCCGAGGUACCACUGUAAUAGAAUUUUAAGAGUUGGAAAGGGACCCCGAGGGUCAUCUAGUCCAACCCCCUGCAAUGCAGGAAUCUCAACUAAAGCAUCCAUGACAGAUGACCAUCCAACCUCUUGCUUCAAAGCAUCCAACAAAAGAGUCCUCUAUCUCCCAAGGGUGUCUUUUCCAGUAAUUGUUAGCAGAUCCCCUCCAGCUUCUUAAGGUUGCAGCAGGUGUAGUGUCUGUCCCUCCCUACCCCCCACAAACUUUCAAGCUUCCCUUCACACCCUUGAGGGCUAAAAACUUGCUUACUUCAAGGCAAAAUAAAUCUGAAAUUAUUUGGGUGGUGCAUUGUCCAUCCAGUUCAAAAUGCUGCACUUCCUUGGUCCAAAGGGCACAGUACUGCUUUCAGUGCAAUCGUAUGCAUGUAGUCUCAAGAGGUGAUGAUAUUUAGUCCCUAUUGGAUUUGUUUAGGGUUUGCAGCCUUAGAUCCUUAAUAUCCCAGCUAUUAAUAGACCAACCGGCUCCUGAAAGCCCCCAAAAAAGAACGACCGCUGAGUCUGCCCUGUCUUCCUCUUCAGGCAAAACUGCAUCCUGGCCGACGAAAUGGGCCUGGGCAAAACCAUCCAGUCGAUUGCCUUCCUGCAGGAGGUUUACAACGUGGGCAUCCGGGGGCCCUUCCUGGUCAUCGCCCCUCUCUCCACCAUCACCAACUGGGAGAGGGAGUUCAACACCUGGACCGAGAUGAACACCAUCGUCUACCAUGGCAGCCUCGCCUCUCGCCAGAUGAUCCAGCAAUACGAGAUGUACUGCAAAGAUUCCCGGGUAUGGUAUUUCCCCCAAAAAGCGGUUUACAAGAAUCCAAGCAAGUCCCAUCAGAUGGACCAAAUUGGUCUAAUCCAGAGCAGAGCUGCUCUUGUGUUCUUAAUUAAACAAAACGAUUUCGUGCUUGGGUAGGAUGGCUCUGAGCUUACGAGCCAGAGGAAUGGAACACAGGCAUCCAGAUGAGAAACUGGCUUGACUCUGAUCCUCCUGGGUCUUCCUGUUUGAUUUCCCAAUUUGUCAAUGAGCAGGUAGUCCCCUAUUUGUCCAUAUCGAGAAGUCUACAAAAUAGCUUUUCGAUGGGAAAAGCUCUGUCUUUAACGCACGAUCUUUGCUUGGGAAGGGGGCUCUGUAGUAGUGCAAAAACGGAGGAAAAAAUGAUUCUUGGGUAUAGCACUUGCCCUUGCCUUCCUGAGCACAUCCUCUGGGGAUUUGAACAUUACUACUGAUGGUUUAUGACACUUCAGCAGUCAGGUUUGUCAUGACUUGGGGGGGGUACAACAAAAGUGAGCAUUGGGUGAUGGUUGAGAUGAAGAAUUUUGUUCCAGUGCCAUGUCUGCUUACACAGUCAUCCCCACCCAAAGGUAUCUGGGAGUUAUAGUUCUGUAAAGUGCAAGUUUGGGGAUUAAGCCCAUCAUUCUGAACUGACUGCAAAGCUACAGUUCCCAGCAUUCCUACUUUUUUGUAGAGGGGGUGGAUUUGAUUGCAUCUUCACAAUCUCACCUGCCCCUUUACGGUUUCUGUACAUUUGCCUUUGGAUUAAUAACAACAAGAAGGACUAGCAACUUAAUAAAUAGAAAUGCAUAUGUUGGGGGAGAAAACAAAAACCUUGAGUAACUUAAUGCUCAUAUACUAUCUGAAUGCCUUCUUUUCUGUCCCCCAACAGGGCCGCCUGAUUCCAGGCGCAUACAAGUUUGAUGCCCUGAUCACUACUUUUGAGAUGAUCCUGUCGGACUGCCCCGAGCUGAGGGAGAUAGAGUGGCGUUGCGUCAUCAUUGACGAAGCCCAUCGCCUUAAGAACCGCAACUGCAAACUGCUGGACAGUCUUAAGCACAUGGACCUGGUAAGGGAACCCUAUUUUUUGCUUUCCUGCCUUCCCCGGUGUCAGGAGUCAAACCUUGCUUCUAGCUUACAAGGGUUAGACGAAGUACACAACUUUGGGAAAAUGAGUUUCUAGCCCUUAAGAUUGUCAAGCAGGAGUGGGAAGCCUUUUUGGGCUCUGCAGACCACCCACCUGUCUCAGUGAUGUCAGGUGCAAGAUGCUUUGAAAAGCAAUGGGGGUUCCCCCACCCCUUCAUUUUAGCAAGGGAAUGGGAUGCAGGCCCCUUUCUGAAGCAGGGAGGGGGUUGCAACAGAAUCCCCUGCUAAAACAAAGGAGAGGUUUUGGGGGAAAGGGAUUCAUGAGUCAAAUUAGACGCCCCACUAGAAGUGCAUAGGCCAAACCACAUGAUGUCUCCAGUGUUGAAGGGUUCAGCAUAGCCCCAUAGAGCUUUGCCUUUUCUCUCCUCCCCACAUCUAACAGAAAUGAUAUCAAAGUUUUUUGGACAUAUAUGUGCAGUUGUUUGAUUUGCCACUUGCAGAUGGGGGUUGGUAAGCAAGGCUCAACUUCCCUAUCCUCAAACCUCGGAUAGACCUGCAAGCGAGUCUGUUGGCAUACGUGCCAGUCUCUCUGUUCUCCUGUUACCUAAAACCUUGAGGCUUAUUGGAGGGCCUGACUUAUUUUGCAGUUGCUCACAUACAUGCACACGCACACAUUUCAUCUAUGGGGCAGGCCUGAGCUUGUGCAUUGACACCUCCCUUUGCCUUCCCCCUUCUAGGAGCACAAAGUGUUACUGACCGGCACCCCCCUCCAGAACACAGUGGAGGAACUCUUCAGCCUCCUGCAUUUCCUCGAGCCCUCCCAGUUCCCCUCAGAAUCAGAGUUCCUCAAGGACUUUGGUGACCUCAAAACUGAGGAGCAGGUAAGCAGCGGCACUUGGCCCUCGUCCUUCCUCCACUGGCUUCUCCCUCAGGUUCACUUCCCAUGAAGGGAAUUUCAGAGACUGCACAGUGUAGCUCUGGAUCCACGGAGGGCCUUUUCAAGGGGGUGGGUGGGCUUCACCACUGUGCUUCUUUCAAGGCAGUGGGCAUAACUCCCUCUUGUAAUUGGGUAUUAUCCGCUCCCGGGACCCAACCAGCCAGUCCCUUCCUACUAGAUUUUAAAAGCCAUGGUGGGCAGGAGUCAGAUAAUUGCCCUCACCACAUGAGUGUCUACAUCAUCUGCCUGCAGCAAUUGAAACUGAUCCCAGUGUGGCGACUUCCACCAAUUUUUCUUCCAGGGCAGUCAGAUUCCCCAUUACUCUCCCAAUUUAAUAUACUCUACCCAUCCGUUUUUCUCUCUCUCUCUUUCUUUCUUUCUUUCUUUCUUUUUGUAGAGGGCGGGUCUCCUUUCUCUUUAAUGCCUUGUAUCCCGUUGUCCCUCGCCCAGCAGACAUAGAACCCAGGAGUCCUGGUUCCAGUGUCCUGACCAUCUCACCUACUAUACCACUUCUUGCUCUCAAACCAUUCCAAUAAACACUACUUGGUUAAUUCUCUGUGUGUCUGUCUCUCUCCACCUCCUUACACACACACACACACACACACACACACACACACACACACACACAAAACUGCUGCCUCUCUCCACUCACCAACCCACCAACUCCUUUUCCAACCUCCCUUCCCUCCUCUCUUUUCACCUCACCCACCUCCUCAAAGCUUGCCCCAGCCCUUUUUAAGGAGGAUGGGAGGCAGCUUGGCAGACCAUUUUCUUCAGCAGCACCCCUGCUUUAAACACCACUCCUGCUUUGUUUAAUACAGAGGGGGAGGCGCUUCCCACUCUCUUUAAACAGCUCACCUGGGCUGCUUGUCACCCGAACUGCUUGCUUGCUAGCCUGCCUGCCUGCUGGUCCAUCGUCAUGUUGGGGUUGCCAUGGCUGCCAUGAACUGCAGCAUGACAACGGCAUGGCAAUCUUAUUAUAUAGUAAGAUAUACACGCACAACCCAAGGAGAUGAGAAGAACCACAUGGGAAGCUUUUCUCAGGCACUGACCUUGAGUUCCUCCUCCAUCUUGGCCCUGCCUCCCAGAUAGGCCCAGCCGUUAAAAGAAUCUCUUCUCCGUCCACCCUCCUAGGUGCAGAAACUGCAGGCCAUCCUGAAGCCCAUGAUGCUUCGGCGGCUGAAGGAGGACGUGGAGAAGAACUUGGCCCCCAAGCAGGAAACCAUCAUUGAGGUGGAGCUCACCAACAUCCAGAAGAAGUACUACCGGGCCAUCCUGGAGAAGAACUUCAACUUCCUGUCCAAAGGGGCAGGGCACAGCAACAUGCCCAACCUCCUCAACACCAUGAUGGAGCUACGCAAGUGUUGCAACCAUCCCUACCUCAUCAACGGCAAGUGUUUUUUUUCAAUGUAUAUAUUAAUAUAUCUAUAUAGGUUUUUCAAGUUACAGUUGUACCUCAGCUCCUAAACGCCUUGGGAGUCGAACGUUCCAGCUCCUGAACAAUCAAAAACCAGACGUGACUGUUCCAGUUUUCGAACCUCCAAUGGGGCUUCCAAUUGGCUGCAGGAGCUUCCUGCAGCCAAUCAGAAGCCGCGCUUUGGAAGUCGAACGUUUCAGAAGUGGAAGGGACUUCCGGAACAGAUUCUGUUCGACUUCCGAGGUACGACUGUACAGUUUUACAAUGACAUAUCCAACAUACAAUGUAAAGACAAGACUCCAAAGAAUCUCCUGGACUUCCCUCCUCCCCUUUGUGGGACCUAUUGUUAGUCAUUUCCUCCUGCAUCUUUUAUAAUAAUCCAAAUCUUUUACAUCUCCGUUAUAUCCAAAAUUCACCAUUAAACUACAGGUGUUAUUCCAAUCCUACUAACCAUUUUAACUGUUUACAAUGGUUUUUAAGAUAAAUUAUAAAUUUCCCCCAUUCUUUAUUAGAAUUUGGGUCUUCCUGAUUUCUGAUUCUUCCGAUCGUUUUUGCUGUUUUGGCAUAAUCCAUCAACUUAAUCUGCCAUUAUUCUCUGGUCUGGACUUUAUCUUCUUUCCAUCUCUGGUCCAAUAACAUCCGAGCAGCUGUGGUCGCAUACAUAAAUGAUGUAUUCAUCAACGGCAAGUUAGCCGGGUGGGCAGGAGGGGGGUGGAGAUCAUUUCAGAGACAGAAUUUCUGAUACGUUGGAUCAGUAGAAAUAGGGCAGGGCUGGUUUUUAAAAGCAGGUCUCUAGUUCUCAUUACUUUGGGGGGGACAUUGCGGUAUAGUUUCAGUGCUUUCAGGCUCUUUGCCUUUUGGCUUCAGGGACCCUGUGAGUCUAUUCUGACAUGCCCUCUCUCUCUUGCUCUGCCCCCUUCGCCGAAUCAGGUGCCGAGGAGAAGAUCCUGACCGAGUUCCGGGAUUCCUGCCACCACCACCUGCCCCAUGAUUUCCCCUUGCAGGCCAUGGUGCGCUCCUCUGGGAAACUGGUGCUGAUUGAUAAGCUGCUCCCCAAGUUGAAGGCCGGCGGGCACAAGGUGCUGAUCUUCUCCCAAAUGGUCCGUUGCCUCGACAUCCUGGAGGACUACCUAAUCCAGAAGAGGUGAGGGCUUGUGCCGAGAAGAGACCCGGUGUUGGACUUGGGAAACCAGGGUUCAAAUCUAAGUACAGUGGUACCUCAGGUUACAUACGCUUCAGGUUACAUACGACUCCACUAACCCAGAAAUAGUGCUUCAGGUUAAGAACUUUGCUUCAGGAUGAGAACAGAAAUCGUGCUCUGGCGGCACGGCAGCAGCAGGAGGCCCCAUUAGCUAAAGUGGUGCUUCAGGUUAAGAACAGUUUCAGGUUAAGUACGGACCUCUGGAACGAAUUAAGUACUUAACCUGAGGUACCACUGUACAAUGAUAUUUGGAACACACUUUUUUAAAAAAAUGUCGUUUAUAAAUAACCCUAUAUGUAUUUGGAUAACAUUAACACACACGUAUCUAUAUAUUGUAUAAGCAUGUAUGAAAUGGUAGUUCUUUGCAUGUGUAGUGAUAUAUUAUACUUUUCCCCCUUUUUCUUUUUAGGGACACUUUCUUUUUACAUUAUUUUGUUCAAUUGAAAUACUUUCUAUAAAAAAAUGAAAACAAACAAAUCCCCACUUAGCCAUGGAGCUCAUUGGGUCACCUUGGGCCAGUUACUGACUCAUAAUCUUAUCUGAAAGGGGAGCGGGGAAAAUCAUGUACAGUGGAACCUUGGUUGUCGAACCCUUCAGAAUCCGAACAAUUCGGAACUCAAACGCCAACAACCCAGAAGUGAAUGCUUCUGUUUUUGAAGGAUUUUUGGAAGCUGAACGGUUUCCGAGCCACGUUUUUCAUUUUUUCCCAUUGACUUUUCAGCCAGCCCAUUGAUCCUCAGUUUUCGAAUAUUUCGGAAGCCAAAUAGUCUUCCGGAACGGAUUAAGUUCAAAAACCAAGGUUCCACUGUAUUUACACAUUCUUGUCUUCAGCCUACUGGGGGUGGCAAAUUCAAGACAUGCACACCAGCCUGGCUUUGCGGCAUGCCAUGCCUAGGUCCAUUAGCCUCUUGCUUUCCUGCCAGGGGGUUCUUAACUCUUAUGACUCCCUGUGGCACCUGUAUGGGGUGCCGCCUCUCGUUCAGGCUCUGUGUUCCCUAAUUGCCUUGCCCCUCCACGCAGGUAUCUCUACGAGCGCAUUGAUGGGCGAGUGCGGGGGAACUUGCGGCAGGCGGCGAUUGAUCGCUUCAGCAAGCCUGACUCGGACCGCUUCGUCUUCCUGCUCUGCACGCGGGCGGGAGGGCUGGGCAUCAACCUGACUGCUGCCGACACUUGCAUCAUCUUUGAUUCGGAUUGGAACCCCCAGAACGACCUGCAGGUACAGCAAGCAGGGACACCUUCAGGGUGGGAAGAGGCAGUCUUCUGCCAAGGGGGGCGGGCUUGGAGGGCUGGGUGUUGUCCACAGACAAAGCUCUGAAGUCUGCUGAGUGAAAACAUGUAUUACCCAUGCCCCCUUUGCCUACCAAGUAACUUCAGGCCCACCUUUUUCUCUCAUGGCCUAACCUACCUUGCAAGUUUGUUGUGAGAAUCAGAUGGGAUCACCUUAUGCAUGCCAUCCUGGGCAAGACAGGACAGGCUACAACUGUGAUGGAUAGAUCAUAGAAUUGUAGAGUUGGAAGGGACAACGAGGUUCAUCUAGUCCAGGGGUCAGCAACCUUUUUCAGCUGUGAGCUGGUCCACUGUCCCUCAGACCAUUUGGGGGGCCGGACUAUAUUUUGAAAAAAAAUGUGAACGAAUUCCUAUGCCCCACAAAUAACCCAGAGAUUCAUUUUAAAUUAAAGCACACAUUCUACUCAUGUAAAAAUACCAGGCAGGCCCCACAACUAACCCAGAAAUGCGUUUUAAAUAAAAGGACACAUUCUACUCAUGUAAAAACAUGUUGAUUCCCAGAUCGUCCAUGGGCUGGAUUGAGAAGGCGAUUGGGCCGCAUCCAGCCCCCGGGCCUUAGGAUGCCUACCUCUGAUCUAGUCCAACCCCCUGCAAUACAUCAAUCCGUUGCACCAACGUGGGGCUCAAACCCAUGACUUUGAGAUUAAGAGUUUCAUACUCUGCCUAUUGAGCAAUACACAGAUACUGAGCAGUACACAAACACACCCUUUCCUCCUUGUAUCCAAGCAUUGGGACGUGGGUGGCGCUGUGGUCUAAACCACUGAGCCCCCUGGGCUUGCCAUUCGGAAGGUUGGCACUUUGAAUCCCCACAAUGGAGUGAGCUCCCAUUGCUCUGUCCCAGCUCCUGCCAACCUUGCAGUUCAAAAGCAUGCCAGUGCAAGCAGAUAAAUAGGUACUGCUGCGGUGGGAAGGUAAACAGCGUUUCCGUGUGCUCUGGUUUCCAUCAAGGUGUUCCAUUGCACCAGAAACGGUUUAGUCAUGCUGUUCACAUGACCUGGAAAGCUGUCUGUGGACAAACACCAGCUCCAUUGGCCUGAAAGCGAGAUGAGCACCGCAACCCCAAAGUUGCCUUUGACUGGGCUUAAAUGUCCAGGGGUCCUUUACCUGUAUCCAACCUCUUUGUGUCAUAAUUUGGCACCUAUCCCCUUUCCCCAAGAAUCCCUUCCAUUUGCCUCCCAUCCAGACGUGGUUUUAGAAAUGGGAGGUCUUUGGGCAUUCUAGGACCUUUCUGUUACCGGAUGGUAGUACUAGCGUAAAACGGAAUGUUAUUCCAGGGCGGGUUGCAAAGGCAGUAGCAUUGUAGUAAUUUGUUUUAUGAUGUGUUAUGAUGUUACAUUAUGACUUGCAAUUUUACUUUUUAUUAAAAGAGGUCAGAAAUGGAAUUAUGAAAAUAACGCUAUAUAUGUAUGUAUGCCUACUUUUUCCAUAAAUGUAAAAUCAAUCUUUAUAAUUGCAGUGAAUAUUACUUACUGCCUCCCAAGGGCCUAAACUUUAACUCUCCUUGCUCCUGUUUCUGGCCACUAAGAGGAGCGUUCUUUUGAAGUAAACCACAAUUUUCUCUGUCCCAAGAGGGGUCUGUGCAGUGGGUGUAUCUCUCACAUGCUCAAUUGCCUUCUUCUGCUCUUGUCUCCUCUUCCUUCCAGGCCCAGGCACGCUGCCACCGUAUUGGGCAGAGCAAGGCAGUGAAGGUCUACCGCCUCAUCACCCGCAACUCCUAUGAGCGAGAGAUGUUUGACAAAGCCAGCCUCAAGCUGGGGCUGGACAAGGCCGUCCUGCAGUCCAUGAGCGGGAGAGAGGGCAGCAUUGCCGGGGUAAAUAAUGUUGGUGACAAUUGGUGGAGAGGCAGCCCUGGGUGAACUUGCAAAUGUGGGGAUUUGCAGAUCUAGGCUGAAGUUUCUCUAGGAAUGUGUGUCCAAUUGGGAGCCUUCCCCCUGCCCAUCUUCCUCCCUUCCCACCCCGAAGAAGCAUCUAUUCUAGCUAGUUGCAUCACACUGCUUUUUUCCAAUAUAGUUUUUAUUGAAUUUCCUGUUUUUUUACAAACUGACUUAGUUGCAUUGUUUCAUGUACCGACUUCCCACCUCCACAGUGUUUUUAUUCAAACUCUUUUCUUCUGCAUUAUAUAUCAGAUUCUCGUCUAUUACCAAAAUCCCCCCACUCAUCCUCUUUAUCAUUUUUAUCCUGCUGCUGCUAUCUCAAAUUCUGCCUGCGAUUUCAUUUGUUCCAGGUGCUUUUCCAAAUAGUCCAAAAAAGGCCUCCGUUCAUUGUAUAAAAAGUUUGUCAUUUUGAUCUCUUAAUAUUGCUGUCAGCUUUUCCAUUUCCGCGUAGUCCGUAACUUUUUAAAGCCAUUCCUCCUUCAUUGGAAACUUAAUUUCCAUUUCUGUGCAUCAUCCCACUCUGCUUUUUAGACUGGAUGAUGGGUAAUGAUGGUGAAGAGUCGAGUAUCAAAAUUGUCCAUAUUCUGCUCUGGUGGCUUUGCAUAAUAUUGUAUAUUUCUUCAUUCAGUCAUAAACAUUUAUGUACACCAUAUCCUCUGAUUUAAAAAAGAAAAACCUACUGCACAUUUGCAAGUACAGCAAUAUAAGAAAAUAUCAAAAGCAGUACAAAGUUUAGAGCAUUUGCAUCCCAUGCUUCAGCCAGGAAGGCUUUCAGAGCACUCUGCGUACAAUAAAGCAAAACCUUCGCUACCUGUAGGCUUAUUGUCUAAAAGGCACGACACACAGGGAAAAGGGGAGAGGAAACGAAGGGAGGGCUCAGCCUCAGACUCCAAUUCUUGAAGUUACAUAGUGGUUCUUAAUCUUAACCAGCUGGAACAGAAAUUUUUCAGAUGAAGGUGGCUUCUCCUGAUUUGAGUUGAGCUUUUCAGCAGAGCCUGAUAGAAUGAUUCCUGCUUCCGUUCCAAGGCAGGUCAGAGAAGAUGGUCUUCUAAUCUCCCCGCCCCCCUUGUCGUUGCCUCCUGUUCCCCUCUCAGAUCCAGCAGUUUUCAAAGAAGGAGAUCGAAGACCUGCUGCGGAAGGGAGCCUAUGCUGCCAUCAUGGAAGAGGACGACGAGGGCUCCAAGUUCUGCGAAGAGGACAUUGACCAGAUUCUGCUGCGGCGGACGACCACUAUCACCAUUGAGAGCGAAGGGAAGGGCUCCACCUUCGCCAAGGUAAUUGCUCUUUAGCUUCCUCCUCCUCCUCCUUUUUCAUUUAGGGGAAUUGGAGAUUGAUGGAGGGGAGGCUUUGCUGAAGAAGUGAAAAGGAAAGCGUCUUCCAGUUGCUGGAAACCACUGGAGGGGAAAGGGCACAUCAUCAUCAUCAUAAUUUGCUUGUUUGUACUCAGAUUCUUCUUGCUUGUGGGUUUUCUUCGGGUAACUGGCUGGCCACUUUUGAGAACAGGGUGCUGAACUUAAUAAUCUGAUCCAGGAGGCUCUUAAUUUUUUACAUUGUGUGUUCCUGGCUGACUCACUCCCACCCAAGCCAUGAAGCAUAGAAACCCAUUUGUUUUGUUUUAAAACUAAACCAAGCCUACCAGGUUCCAUAGUAGAGAUGUUAUGCUCACUAAGGGUGCAUGUCAUGUUACAGUAGGAUAGCCAACCCUACCCCCAUAAAUCCUUAAAAAAAAUUAUUCUCCUCUCAACUGGAAUAUAAUUGUUGACUUAACAAAUGUGUAACUUUCUGUAUGGAAGAAAUAAAAAAAAUAUUAUUCUUGUUUUUAAAUAUAUAUAUAUGUUCUCUCCCAGGCGAGCUUUGUGGCCUCAGAGAACAGGACGGACAUCGCCUUGGACGACCCCAACUUCUGGCAGAAGUGGGCCAAGAAGGCAGACUUGGACCUGGAUAUGCUCAAUAGCAAGGUGUGUUGAGGAAUGGGCUUGGCAGGGGAAAGAGCCUGCCCCCAUUGUUAAUUCAGGCUUUGAUUGGCUGCAUUAGUAACAUGAGGACUUCACAACACACUUCACAUUCUGAGGCAUGGUGUACUUUUUUUAAAAAAAAAAGUGAGUUGUAUUUCCUUCCCCAACCCUCAGCCUGUCUUAAAUUAUUAUUAUUAUUAUUAUUAUUAUUAUUAUUUAUUAGUUAAUAUAACACCCAAACCUGAAAGUCUCAGGGCAGUUCACAGAAUAAAAUCAAAAUAUAAAACCAUAAAAUGCAUAAUCAAAAUAAAAACAACCCAAUAACCCACCACCCCCAAAAACCCACAUUUUAAAGGGCGUAGGAUCCUCACAACAUUUAAAGGAAGACAAUUUACAAACCUGGACCGGAGCCACUCAUUGGAAAGACCAUGAUCUCUCAAAGGUCUGCAGCAAUAUUUAUCAGCAACCAAAUUGUGCCUUUUUGAUAAAAAGGCAAAAAUAGCUUUGAAAUAAGAGUAGGAGAAAUUAGCAUUGGUUGUUGAGCAGAUGUAAUGAAAUAAAUGCUCCCUGCCUCCACAAUAAAAGAAGGCGGUCCAGCCUUCACAUAUCUUGAUGAAGGCAGGGGAUGGUUUUACAUUUGGGCAUUUACCCGUGGGAGGGGUUGGUGCUUUGGUAGACCAACCUAAGGCCUUGUCUGUCCUGACAUUGUCCUCUCUCCCCUCCGCAGAACAACCUGGUGAUUGACACCCCCCGCGUGCGCAAGCAGACGCGCCACUUCAGCACCCUGAAGGACGACGACCUGGUGGAGUUCUCCGACCUGGAGAGCGACGAUGACGACCGGCCGCGCUCGCGACGCCAUGACCGCCACCACCACCCGCUCCACCACUCCUACGGGCGCACAGACUGCUUCCAGGUGGAGAAACAACUGCUAGUCUAUGGGUAUGUGGCGCGGGGAAGAUUUUGUUGGUUGUGGGUGCAAACUCGCCAGCGUACGGGCAGUGUGUUUCUGGGGUUUACGGGGCAGGUGGACUCUUUUAUAAAUCCAUUUUAGAAGCAGCGAUCAGCUUACAACACAGGGCAGUUCUCUGCGUGCUUACUCAGGAGUAAGUGCAGCUGUGUUCUACAGGACUUAAUCUCAGGUGAGCAUGCAUAGGUCUGCAGUUCCUGGCGAGCAAGGGAACUCUUCCUUCCUUCCUUCCUUCCUUCCUCUCUCUCUCCCCACCUCCAGUUUUUCAAAUUUUAUUUAUACUUUUCAAGUUCAUACAUUUCACUAGUUCUGUACAUUUCACUACUUUUACAAUCAUUUUAACAUUUCAAAACUUGACUUCCUUCUCCCUCUUUCUGCGGUUCCUUAAAUUCAUUUUUAAUAUCCUCUGCAUAUCCAAAUUAACUUAAUUUGCUCAUUUAUUCAUCUAUUUUAAAUAUAUACUCUUAUAAAACUGCAGGUUAUUACAAUAAUCCUGCCAGUGAUCUUAUCUGUUUACAAUUUAUCUGUAAAUAUUCAAUAAACCAUUUCCAUUCUUUUAUAAAAAGUUCAUUAUCUUGAUUUCUUUUUCUUCUGGUAAGUUUCUUUAUUUCUGUCUAUUCCAUAAGUUUUUGUAUCCAUUCUUCCUUUGCUGGGACUUCUGCUUCUUUCCAUUUUGGGGCAAGUAACAUUCUUGCCUCUGUAGGUAGCAUACACGAAUAAGUUUCUAUACAUUUUAGGUAGUUCUAUCCCUAUAAUUCCCAAAAGAAAAGCUUCUGGGUUGUUGUUUUUUUACAAAGGUUAUUUUAAACACCCUUUUCAUUUAUUACACUGGUCAACAACAAAUUUGUUGUCUGUGCUUUUUCAGCUGAUUUAGGAUGAAUCUGAUGCGCUGAAUCCAAAAAUCACAUUGGUUUUGCUCAAUCAGGUCAAGUUUUUGAGCUAUGGCCACGUCUUUUUUUCCGUUUUUGUUCACAUGUACGCUUGUGUGGAGCAUUUUAGAAGAAGUUGGUGGGGGUAAAAUGCCUUGUCAAAUAAUUGUUUUGAUUGGAAAUGAUUAUUUUAAUAACAAGAAGUAUUCAGGUCCGAUAGUUCUGGGUGAUUAUGUCGAAAAGGGAUCAGUUUGAAGUCAUAAAACCUCGAAAUCUUCCAUAAAUUGGUCCAGCAAAGCAUAAAGUUGGGGGAUCAAAACUAAGUUAAUGGGGCAGCCGCCCCAUGAAGUAUCCUGAUCUUCAAUCAGCACGUCGUCCUGUAGCUCAUUGGGAUGAAAUUCCAGUGCCUAUCUUCGGAGAACUUCCUGACAUUAGUGACGAAGAUGCCUCCAGUGUUGAAGGACAUGAAGAAGAAGAAGUGGUUCUUGAAGAUGAUGCUCCACAUCCAUUUUCCCAAAAGGAGUUGAAUGAUCUAGUUCGCGACCACAGCUUGUCGAAGGACUCUGCCGAACUGUUGGCAUCCAGAUUGAAGGAAAAAAAACCUCUCUGACAGUGCUUGCAUCAGCUUCUUGCGCAACAGGCAUCAAGAGUACCUCCGUUUUUUCUCGGAAGAGAAGGACUUGGUGUACUGUGCAGAUAUUGCACAGCUUUUGUUCAAGCUUGGAGUGCCACAGUACGAACCCAAAGAUUGGAGACUGUUCAUUGACAGCAGCAAGCGAUCACUGAAAUGUGUUCUGCUACACAACAGCAACCAGUUUGCCUCUAUACCCCUGGCUCACUCGACUACACUGAAGGAGAACUAUGAAGCGGUGAAGUAUGUGCUGGAGAAAAUUGGUUAUGAUCAGCAUAAGUGGUUUAUUUGUGUUGACCUGAAGAUGGUGAACUUUUUGUUGGGACAACAGUCUGGCUUCACCAAGUACCCAUGUUUUCUGUGCAUGUGGGAUAGUAGGGACUGUGCUCAGCAUUACACGAAGAAGGACUGGCCUGUGCGGGAGGAAUUGGUGCCUUGCAAAGGAAGGAACGUCAUCAACGACCCUCUGGUGGACAGAGACAGAAUACUCUUCCCACCGCUGCACAUCAAGCUCGGCUUAAUCAAGCAGUUCACCAAGGCUCUGGACAAGGAUGGUGACUGCUUCAUUUACUUGUGCCAGGCUUUUCCAGGAUUGACCAUGGAGAAGUUGAAAGCUGGCAUCUUUGACGGUCCUCAGAUCCGUCAGUUCAUCAGAGAUCCAGAGUUCGGAAACUCAAUGAACGAAGUGGAACUGGAAGCGUGGAAGGCAUUUGUUCUGGUAGUGAAGAACUUUCUUGGCAAGAAUAAGUCCAAAAACUACGCAGAACUUGUCAACAACAUGCUGACUGCUUUCAGAAACCUGGGCUGCAACACGAGCGUCAAGAUGCACUACCUAUUUUCACAUAUGGACUGACUUCCUGAGAACCUGGGUUCAAUGAGUGACGAGCAGGGGGAGAGAUUCCAUCAGGACAUGAAAGAGAUGGAGACCAGGUAUCAGGGUCGCUGGGAUGCAGUCAUGAUGGCUGACUACUGUUGGACUCUGAAGAGAGACCUCCGUGCUGCUGAGCAUUCCAGGAGUUCCAAGAAACGGAAGUUCAAGCCCUGAAGUUUGAAAAAUGGUGAAGCAACAUGCAAUUUAUGUGUACUUACCUUUAUCAAUGCCCACCAUUCAGUUUACAGAAAACCUGACCUGAUGGAGAGAAACGGAUGCCAUUUCCUGAUUCAGCAGUGCAAAAAUACCCUAAAUCAGCUGUAGAAAUCUAGACAACAUUCAAAAAGUAAAAAAUUGUUGCCCAGUGUUAUGUAUCAUUUCCCAGUAAGCUUUAACCUUACUACAAGACCACCACAUAUGAUAAAAAGAGCCUUCUUUCUCUUUACAUUUCCAACACUUAACGUGAUUUAGAUUUAUACAUUUUUGCCAAUUUACUUGGUGUUAGAUAUCAAGAUAACAUUUUCAUAUAAUUUUCUCUCAGACUGUAACAUGCUGUAAAUUUUAUAUCCAUAUUCCACAAUUGUUCCCAUGCUUCCCAUGUGUAUAUUAUGACCAGUAUCUAUUGCCCAACGUAUCAUUGAGGAUUUUACUUGCUCAUCCUUAGUCAUGACAAAAGACAAAGCAAGGGAACGGCUCUGACUUUGCCAAUUUUUCCUGACAGCUGGGGCCGCUGGCGGGAAAUCCUGUCGCAUGGACGGUUCAAGAGACGCAUGUCUGAACGGGACGUGGAGACCAUCUGCCGGGCCAUCCUCGUCUACUGCCUGAUGCACUACCGGGGCGAUGAGAACAUCAAGGGGUUCAUCUGGGAUCUCAUCAGCCCGGUUGAGAACGGCAAAGCCAAGGAACUUCAGAACCACUCCGGUAAGCCUCCCUUAAUUUCUCUCUCCGUUGUCGUGAAGGGCUUGGUCUAGCUGGGCCUGCCAUUUUACAUUGCCACUGUCUUGGGAUAUCGCAAGAUGUGGGUUGUUCAGGCGAGGGGGGAAGCAAAUUCAAGGAUGCUGGCAAAUUCAAGAUGGCGGGACUCUUGGGGAAGGGGGAUAUGGAUGGCUUUGCGGGAGUCGGGGAGGUUCUUUCUGUCUCUUAAACUUCUGCUUGGGUGGCAGUGUGCAUGGGUUCUUUUUUGAAAUGUGUUUGAGCUCGAGAUACGAUGGAAAAUCUGGGGUGACCCUAAUCCCUAUUGCACUGGUUCCAUGUUAUACCUAGAGAGCCAUGCCCCUGCUCUGAGCUCACUUCCUGUUCCUCGGGCAGGCCUGUCCAUCCCAGUCCCACGAGGCCGCAAAGGGAAGAAGGUCAAGUCCCAGACCACUUUUGACGUCCAGAAAGCUGAAUGGAUCCGCAAGUACAACCCCGACACCCUCUUCCAGGAUGAGGGCUACAAGAAGCACCUCAAGCACCAAUGCAACAAGUAAGGAUGGGAUGGGAUGCAAAGGGAUCCUGUUUUGACACACCAGUGCAGCUAGAGAGAGCAGGUCCCUUCCCCCACUUUAACUCUCAAACCCAUUCCAACUGUUCGUUCGGAAUAGAGAGAAGCCCCAUCACAGCACCACUGUAGUAGAGAAAUAGUUGCAGGUGCUUUGCUCCCAUCCCCAAAGCUAUAGCUUUGCAAACUGCUUGGUUUCUCAGGGCGUGGCCGGCUGCAGUCCAUCCAAAAAACCACAAUUGCAUACAGUCGUAUCUUGGAAAUCGAACGGAAUCCGUUCCAGAAGUCUGUUCGACUUCCAAAACGUUUGAAAACCAAAUCGCAGCUUCUGAUUGGCUGCAGGAAGCUCCUGCAGCCAAUCUGAAGCCACAGAAGCCCCAUCGGACGUUCGGCUUCCAAAAGAACGUUCGCAAACCAGAACACUCACUUCUGGGGUUGCGGCGUUCGGCAGCCAAAACGUCCGAGUUCCAGGGCGUUCGGGAUCCAAGGUACAACUGUAGAUUUAAGUUGGUGUGGAGAGCGGUAACAUGACAUGAUUUCUCAGGGGUUGCUCCCCUCUAGGGAAAAUGCACCUGGUGCCUUUGCAAUCAGCUUUUAGGUGGCAGCCUAAUACAUUCCUGUUUCCCCAGACUUUUGGUGGUUAAUUUCCACCCUGUUGGCAGUGUCCAUCUUUUAAUCGGGUGUGUGUAGGAUUUGCCCUUUUUAUAGCAUUGGUUUGAUGAGCGCUUUUAGUAAAUACUUCCGCUAUAUUGUAUUUCUUCCUUGCUUUCCUUUUUGAAUGUGAGUUAGGUAUACUUUUAUGGCUCUGCUAGGCACUUUCAGACUUUUUUUUCUGAGGAAGACGAUGAAUAAAUCUAAUGAGUAUUAGUGGUAGUGCUGUCCCCAUUGCCCUUUCUCUUCUGAUUUUUUUUUCUGCCUGCAGAAAGAAAAAUGUCAAAUGAGAUAGCUUACGGGUUUUCUCCAAUCUUUAGCAUGUGUAUUCCUCCUCCUGCCACCAGACUGCAAUCCAUAUGUGUUCAGACUGGAACAACAACAAAAAAGAUUAUCACUGUCCUCUUCCAGUUCCCUAGGAGAGAGAUAACAAGGGCAGAGUCUUUGAUAUUGUCAGGUUUAGCUAGCAAAGGGGGCACAGUUCUUUCCUCCAUCUUUCCCCACUUAAAGUCCUUGUUCUCUCCCCAGAGUUCUCCUACGUGUCCGUAUGCUGUAUUACCUGCGCCAGGAGGUGAUAGGGGACCAAGCCGAGAAAGUUUUGGCAGGCACUAUUUCCAGGUAAUAUUUCAUUUACUUAUAAGUUGCAUUGGGCUGUUUUUUUUUUUUUAACCCUGCCUUCUUAAGCAGCUUUUAGAGUAGCCUGCAUGUGUCUUCCGCAACUGUGCUUAUCCUCACACAACAGCUCUGCGAGGCAGGUCAGGCUGAAAGAUGAUCCCCUAGUGAGUUUCAUGGCUGAAACUCAUCCCUGGAAUGAGAGCUGUAGCUUCCUAGCAUCCUUCUUUACAGAUCGGAGUGUAAGCAGAUAAGAAGAAGAAUAGAAUUGUAGAGCUGGAAGAGGGACCCCAAGGGUCAUCUAGUCCAACCCCCUGCAAUGCAGGAAUCUUUUGCCCAACUUGAGGCUUGAACCCAUGACUAUCUAGUACAGCAUCUCAUUCUCCCAGUCACCAACCAUAGGAAGCCUACAAGCAACAAACUGAGUGCAACAGCACACUCUCUUGUGAUUCUCAUUGUGGUAGCUAUUGAUAGCCUUACCCUCCAUGAAUUUACCUGUAAAAACAAAAUGUGACAUCCCUCUUAAAGCCAAUGCUUUUAUGUUCACUAUUCCAGGACUGAUCAUAUCCACCCCACUUCCUGUUCUCUAUGAACUUCUAAUUGCAUCUGUUCCCAUAGAACAUUAUACUUCCGUGAACUCGGCUGCCUCUGACGCUUUGUUUUUUCUCUCUCGUGUUUUUUCUCUUCCUCUUCCCUCCUGCCUUUGCUGCACCCCCUUCCCAAAUGUCAUUCGAUCCUGCAGUGAAAUUGACAUGUGGUUCCCACUGGUGGACCAAGCAGAGGUCCCCACAGCCUGGUGGGAUACAGAAGCUGACAAGUCUUUGCUCCUUGGGGUCUUCAAACAUGGUAGGUGUUGCUGCAGUACCAUUCUGGGGAAGGAAUCUGAGGUCACAUCCUGUUUUGAGCUGCGCUCACAGUAGCAUAUGAAGGCUGCCUUGUCAAGACGAUAGGUUCAUUUAGAUCAGUAUAGUUGAAACAGCCCUACCUGGAGAUGCCAGGAAUUGAACAGGUGCUCUACCACUAAACUAUAGCCCUCAUUUAUUUAGAUGUUCGGGUUAGGAUUGUGCUCUACAGUUCUGCUACAGCCCUUCCUGUUCAGUGUCUUGCCUGAUAGCAGGUUAAUUCCCAGCAUUCUCACCCCCUCCAUUAAAAUUCUGUAGGCCACAUCCUUCCUUUCAAAGUUGGCGUGUGGCAUUUGUUUUUCAUUUUUAUUAAUUUUCAAAAAAGAAAAGGUUAUGCAAGAUUCUGCAAAACCAAACAAGAUCUGGUGACAGUAAACAUAGUCCAUAUGCAAUGAUAUAUCACUGUCAAACAGAGACAUAAAAUAACACCGAAAUAAACAAACCACAGGUAUGUGAACACAUGGAAGGUAGCGACUGGAACUAUUCAUAACAUAGACAUGACGGUUAAACAAGACAAGGUUACAAAACAUGAACCCUAUUAUACCAAGGGAAAGUAAUUCAAUGUUUAUGGAGUGAUGAGCAAGUGCUGUACGACUUGAGAACCAAUAGGUUGGGUAGGGAGUUGUACGUUUGGUUCCAUUCCAACUCUUCGAUUCUAUGAUCAUACGCAAUAUACGGGUAACUCUCAACAUUAGUGAUACUUGGAGGAGAUCCAUCAAAAUAAUAGCACGUUUCAGGUAUUUUUCUGUUUAUAAGAUGCCCCCAUGUGUAAGACACCCCCUCAUUUUUGACAUUAUUUUUUAGGAAAAAAGCCUAGUCUUAUACACGGAAAAAUGCUUUAUUUAAUAUGAUUAAAUAAAGAUGACAGUAUUGAAUCUAAGGUCCGUGGAUCUUCUCUGAGAUUGGGUGCAGGCAAACCCCGAAAUCUCUCAUCCCUCUGGCACCCCUUUCAGGCUACGAGAAGUACAACACCAUGCGAGCGGAUCCUGCGCUCUGCUUCCUGGAGAAGGCUGGUCGCCCUGACGAAAAGGCCAUCGCCGCCGAGCACCGCCUGGAUGUGGGAGAGGGGUGAGUAGCUGGUGCGGGGGGAGGGGGGGCCUGAAGAAGCACGCACCUAUGAUGACUUGCCAUGCUAAUACCGAGGCACCGGGUGUCAGUGAGUUCAGCUUGCUUCUCGCAGGAAGACCUGAGGUGCGUCUGUAUGCAAGGGAUUGGGGGAGAGCUGAGAUUGAAGCGGAAAUGACGAACCAGUUCUCUCCCCUCUUUUGCUGGCAGGGUCGAUUUCGACAAGGACUGCGAGGACCCGGAGUACAAACCAGUGGGAGGCCCUGCCAAGGAGCCGGAUGAUGAGGUGAGAUCCUGAGCCAGCGCAGUAUGGGAGCCACAAAUGUUGCUCCAUGUCGCCCCCUUCAUCUAGUUCCCAGCUUCUCGCAAAGGCUCUGAGCUCUACAGCCCCGUUAGCCUUAAACUGGUGGUGGUGGCUACCUUUUUCUCCCAGAGGGGAAGUGGGAAGAGUGACACUCUGCCCCACUUCCUCUUUCAGCUCUAUGUGCUUUUCAAGGCUCAAAUUAACUCUACUGGGUCCUUUUGAAAAAGGAAGUGCAUUUCUGGGUUCACUUUCUUCUCCUUCGGGGAGGAGAGGAAGGACCAGUGGUGUUGGUGUUCAAAAAUCUCGAUGUGCCCACAGACUUUCUUUAAAAAAAGUAAAAAGAAAUCUAUUCUCCCCCCCACCCUCGUGUAUAUUCUAUAGAUAUUAAGCUAACAUGAAGUUAUUGGUUACAUGUAUUAUACACCCAAACAAGUAAGCAACACGACAACAAAAUCAGAUAAGAGCAGGUAAAAAUUGCAGCAAAAUUAAAUUGGAAAUACUGUUUCGAAUGCAGAAUAGCACAUACCAAACAAAUCAGCCCAGCAGGCCAGACAUUAAAAUGAAACAGAUUUUGCCUGUUGAUGGAAGGCCACCAAUAAUUUGUAUUAGGAGCUUGAUUUUUAAAAAGGGAUAUAUAUUUUUAAGGAGGGGUGGGUCUCUUUUUCAUUUUGGUGGUAUGUUCUGGGUGUGGCCCCUCUCUGGUUGGAGUAUCUAGUCAGAAUAAUUGCCCUUAUUUCUGACACCAGUCUCUCUGCCGCAGGGUGACCCACUGAUGAUGAUGGAUGAGGAAAUAUCUGUGGUGGACGGUGAAGAAGGUAAAUACUUGCUGGCUGAAAGUGCUUGUCAAAGGAGGCGAUGGAGACAGUGCUUUGGAGGGGGGUAGGUGGGGUACUAGCUGUGUGUCAGCUGUGGUGCCAAGGGGGACAGGAAUUUCUGUGACGCAGCUUGCGCCUUCCCUUCAGGUCAGCCGGGGAACCUGUUCUGGCCCCCAGCCUCGGCCAUCACGGCUCGCUUGCGAAGGCUGAUCACCGCCUUCCAGAGGAGCUACAAACGCGAGCAGCUCAAGAUGGAGGCGGCGGAACGAGGGGACCGGCGGCGGCGGCGCUGUGAGGCCGCAUUCAAGCUGAAGGAGAUGGUGCGGCGAGAGAAGCAACAGAGGUAAAAGCUCUGGGCUUGGCUGCGAGGCCACCGAGGGCCACGUCUUCACAGUAGCCUGGGCUGAGGUGACCCCCAGUUCCAGAGCCAGAAAUGCUCAGGGCCCCUGAAACAGGCGUAGCGUUACUUCAUGAAGACGAUGAGGACAUUCUGUUUAGUAGGACUGCCACACCCAGUUAAGUAAAUCUUAAGGUUCAGUGCUAAGCACAUAUACUAAGGAGUAGGUUCCAUUGAGUUGGUUGGGACUUGCUUCUGAAUAAUCAUGUUUCGGGUUACCCCGCUAGAGUGUCGGUAGGUUGGUUGAUUGGAUGGAUUCGCAUAUAAGCAAAAAAAUAAAAAUCAGAAUUAGGUGGUAUACCUUUGGGUUAUAUUCUUGGCCAGGGAAAGCCUACUCAUGAGUAGACCUAUUGAACAUCCAUUAAUUUUAAUGGGUCAGCUCUGAGUAAAAUUAACCUUGGCUAUAACCCUUUACUUUCUACCCUACUUUUUAGGGUGCCAAUCCUUCCAAGGCAACAAGAAAAGACAUAAAACAAUAAAAAAGUUUUAAAAAUACCAAAUCCACCCAUUGUUAUUUUUAUUUUUUAAAAAGCCUCAAGCGUGCACUAGAUGAACUGUUGAAAACCAUCAGGGAUUAUCCAUAAAAAGAAUAUUCAGUAAAAAUACUAGAAGAGAGAGAUAUUUUCAGUGGCCUUUGUCAAAAUGGGGAAAGCAUGAGGGCAGAAUGGAACUCACAGGAUGGGAGUUCUAAAAGUGUGGGAUCACCAAUGGGCAUUGGGGGGGGGGGGCGGGAACACCUGUCCCUGGUACCUGCCAGUGUGGUCUGAUCUUCCUGAUUGGUGAACCAGGAAGUGGUUGCUUAGCCCCGCCCCUGCAUCAGCCAGCCAUUGGCUUAGGAGAGGGAUGGAGACUUGGGAUCGAUUUGGUUAGAGGUUCUCCUAUGAAGACAUCUAGCGGGUUUGCUCUUCCCCAACCCUGCCUCUCCUCCAAAGGUGGACACGCCGAGAGCAAUCCGACUUCUACCGUGUCGUCUCCACGUUCGGGGUGGAGUACGACCCAGACACCAUGCGCUUCCACUGGGGCCGCUUCCGGGCCAUGGCCCGGCUGGAGAAGAAGACGGAUGAGAGCCUUGCCAAGUAUUUCCACGGCUUCGUGGCCAUGUGCCGGCAAGUGUGCCGGCUGCCUCCCGCAGCAAGCGAUGGUUAGUACCUGGGGGCCACAGUGGGUGGGAAGUGUCCAACCCUCCGCAUUGGCCAUUGAUCAGGCUGGCCAAGCCUGAUGGGAGUUGGAGUUCCAAAGACAGCCAGAGGGCACAAGGUUGAGAUGUAAACUAUAGAGUGGCUGGUCCAAUCAGCGUUCAUCUGCCUUCCUUGCCACCUCUUGGCCUACAGGAAUGUGCAGUUGUUUCUGUGAAUGGUGAGUGGGAGGUCAGCUGUGGGUAUAGUCUCUUCUUCCUUCCAGCUCCUUCAAAUCAUAGUCCUUGCCCGUUUGUGUUGUCUACCCACCUCCAUCCCCAACCAGGGCUUCCAUAGCAACAUUGGAAACUGUCUUACACCGAGUCAGAUCAGUAUUGUUGGUACUGUAUAUAUCAGUAUAUACCGUAUUUUUUGCCCCAUAGGACGCACCGGCCCAUAGGACGCACCUAGUUUUUUGGGGGGGAAAUAAAGAAAAAAAAUUAUUUCCCCCCCAGGUGCGGGGCUGGGGCGGGGGAAGCCCGAGCUUCCCCCGACCCCACCCCCCAGAACAGGCUGCUAUCCACAAGCCGUGGGAGAGCUGCGCGACUUCGCACAGCUCUCCCACGGCUAGCGGAGGACUGCGCGAAACCCGAAGCUUGGGGCGUGCUGAAUAAAAUGAAGUCAUGUAAUCCCUACUUUAGCAUGAGCUGGAGGGAGCAUCCGUCCAUGUGCCUCCCUCUUGUUAAUUAAUGCAUCCUUCCCCCUUCUCCCUCCCAGAGUCUCCAGACCCGACACUGUUCAUUGAGCCCAUCACGGAGGAGAGGGCCUCGCGCACCCUGUAUCGCAUUGACCUCCUGCGGCGCCUGCGGGAGCAAGUCCUGUGCCACCCGCUCUUGGAAGAGCGCCUCGCCCUCUGCCAGCCCCCGGGCCCCGAGAUGCCUCCCUGGUGGCAAUGCGGGCGCCACGACGGAGAGUUGCUGCGUGGCGUUGCCCGCCAUGGCCUCAGCCAGACCGAUGCCACCAUCAUGCAGGACCCGGACUUCUCCUUCUUGGCCGCUCGACUCAACCACAUGCACAGUCGGGCGGGGAGCACAGGGACGCUGCCGCCGCCACCCCCGCCGCCUCCCCCGCCACAGCCUUUGGGGCUGCCUCUUUCUGGGGCUGCCGUGGUGACAGCGGCCGCUCCUCCUGCCCCCCUGCUCUUGCCACCGCCCUUGCAUGAGCUCCCCACUCCGCGACAGCAGCCCACAGCCCUCCCCAUUAAAGUUGAAUCGGUGGACGACUCGGACUCUGAGCUGGACCUCAGCAAGAUCUCUGCUUCUUCGUCUUGCUCUUCUACUUCGGGGUGCUCAGAUGAUAGCGAUGGUGAGGAAUUUUCCCAAGGGGUUUUCUGCCCCCCUUUUCUCCUCUGACUUCUCCACUGGAAUAUGUGAAUCCCCACCUGUUCUUCUAUUGUGGAAAUCAAGAUGGGUGUACAGAAGGGUCCCCAGUGGUCUUCUGUUUAGGCACAGACUCAGACCAGCGAAGGUGGCUUCUUAUUUGCGCUCAGACCCUUUCAGAAAUGAUUGCAUGCCACAGUCGCCCUGCAUGCGUCCUUCCUGGGGCGUUACGGCGUGUCAGAUUUUUCUACUCUCAAAUUUCCAAAACGAGGGGUGCUAAAAAUCGGGAAGCACAACUUGGGUAUUCAAAAUAUAUUUUGGCUAAAUGAGGGUAAUUUAGUUUUGUUUGGCAUGUAAAAUGUGUGUGAAUCAUUACAAAUGAUUGCCAAGUACUUGCAGUUUACAAUAUUAAAAUUAUUUUUAUUAUCACUUGAGAUCUUCAGAAGGUCAAAUUAACAUUUUUUGGUUUUCCAAAAGCAGUUUUAUGUGCUUCUUCAUCAAAUGCAGGCAUACCAAGCUAAACGUUGUCCGGUCACAAAAAUAAUAGCAGAUUUGAAUUCCCCACACCCCAAAACAUAUUUGAAAGACCGCUCGCUGAGGAAAUGUGCAAAGGUUAACGUUUAUCCCCCUAAAAUGGCAUGCCUUGCUAGGGGGUAGCCCCAUGCUUUUUCAUUCCAGCUAUCGCACCGUCUCCUCUAGGUAAAGAGCGUUCCCAUCUUCAGGCAGCACAAAAAAAAGCCCCUCAACCAGGCUUUGUGUAGGUUGACAUCUCUGCCUGUUUUCACUAUGUGUUUCUCCACGGCGGCACCUCUCAGGCUCUUUCUCCCCCUCUCCCCCCCACCCCCGGUCUUCUUCCCUGCCAGGCGAAGAGGCCUCUUGUGGCGGGAAGCUGUUUGAGGAGGAAGAGUCGUCGCUUCUCUCUCUGCCCACCUCCCACGAGGGCAACUCCCCACAGCCCAGCGCCUCUGACCUGCUGUUGCAGGAGCGCCAGCGGGCCCACGAGUGGCCAAAGGUAACAGGUUGAGCAGAGGGAGGUGGUUUGUGGCUCUGUAAGUUGUGCUGCAGUGGGGGACAAGCUCCAUCUAAGUGCAUCCCGAAUUGGAUCGCCAGGGGUCCAGGGCACGGAUGAGGGAAUCUCAGGCCGAAGAGCCAAACUGUACAGCACUCCAGGCCCCUCUUCUCUGGCCCAUAGGGACUCUUCCCCAGCUCACAUCCUCUUUCAAGUGUCUUUUCCCUGGCUGGAAUGCGUCUUUGGACUCUAGCAUUGUUUUCCUGCUUGCCUGGCUGAAAAAAUCAGAGUGUGGGGGGGAGGUGAGGGGGUGUAGGAACUAGCAUAGGCUAGUCCAACCCCCUGAAAUGCAAGAAUAUGCCGCUGUCCCUUGUGGGGAUUGAACCUGCAACCUUGGUGUUACCAGCACCACACACUAACCAACUGAACUAUCCGGUCAUGGCCGUUCCCGUGUCGUUUUUUAAGCUGUUGGAAGUGGACCAGUCAGUGGGAAAGUAUCUAACUGAAUGCUCGCACAUCUUUUUCAGUGGUUCCCAGUUCAAAGCACUGGCAUUUGUCUUUUUAAAACCUUAUGCCAAGGAGUGGGGAACCUUCCGUCCUCCCAGAUGUUGCUAAACUACAACUCCCCUCAGCCCCAAGAAGCAUGGUCAGUGGCCCAGAGAGUGUAGUUCAGCAACAUCUGGCAGGCUAAAGGUUCCCCACAUUUGUCCUACACGACUUAGGGUCAGGGUACCAAAAGGAACACAGUGUCCCAGCUUGUCCAUGUGAAUGAAGGAGAAAACUCAAAAGCCGCAUUUUCUCAAAGACUCCAUUUUCUUGGUAGUUUUUAUCUUAGCAUAACUGUGUGAACUUGCACUAACCCUUCCCCGUGGGGAGGGGGGACUCAGUUUAAAGAUAAUAACCAUAGCAACCAGUACUCUGGCGCCCUGGAGGAAUGCAAGAACUCAGCUAGGCAUUGCAGUUACAUUUAAUCUUAAACUAUUGAAUAAGGGUGGACUGAACAAUGUAGACAGCUAAUGAAUGAAGAUGUUGAUGAAUGCAUGCUUACUAAAGAGUUAUUCUUCAUUGUUCUUAAGUUCAGUAAUACAUUAUUAAAAUGUGAAAGUUGGGGAGCGCGAUUCAGAGGAGCGAAAAGAUUGCCGAUUGUCUUAGAUUUGUUGAAAUGGGUUAUAACUGCUAUAGAAUGCAUUCUUGUGACCAGACUUGUACAAGAGUGCUGCUUAUUUGUACGCCGUUGCAGUUGUCUUCUCAUUUUUCAGGAAACUGUCCCUGUGUCCGCUUGUAGCAACAAAGGCCUAGUUUUCACUUAAAGCCCGUGUUUGUUUGGCAUUCUGUUGGGGACCCCCAGUCAGCAGACCUCUCUUUUUAAAACCUUUGUUUUGUGAACCUGAGUCUGAGAUGCAGCAACCGGUUAUGAGAGAGAGGGCCUUUUUAGUGGUGGCACCCCAGUUUCACAAAUUCUAUCCCCUGCCAAGCAGAUUUGGGUUCCUUUCAGCACAGCUUGUACACAGCCCUCCCAAGUCUGCCAGUGCCGAAUAAUCUGCCAUUCUCCGGAAGCUGUUCUAAGGUUGUGAAAGAAACCGAUAUUUUCAUAGUUCCUAUAAGAAAUAAUUAUCCACAGACUGAUCCCAGAGCGGCUUGUGAAGAUCAGCAAUGAGGCAUGAUAAGAAAAUAUAGCUCAGUAAUAAGAAAUGGGCUUUUUUUACUUUUAAAAAAAUACUUUUAUUUUUCUUUAAACAAAUACAGUUAAAUAUAAACAACCAAAAUUACAAAAGAAAAAUCUUUAAGAAUAAUAAUGGAAAAAGCUAAAAAAACUACAAAAAAUAGCAAAGUACAUGGCAUAGAAUAUAAGCCAUUAUGGGGAAGAAAAAAGAAAAAGGAAAGGGGAGGGGGGAGAACAAGAGAAAAGAAAGGGAAAAAAGAGGAAAAUGAGCCAAAACACAAGAAGGCUUGUCUAUUGUACUCUUCCAUCAAAGUCAGAACAGAUCAUUAUUCUUAUCAAUUCUCUAUCUGCAUUCCAUAGAAUCUCUCAUCUUGGUAUCAGGGAACAUUUCCCUAUGCAGUAUCAUUCUAAACAUAACCUGGUCUUUAUUGAUGAACCCUUAUCCCCUAGAUAAUUAUUUAAAUGGGCUUCUGUCCCUAAAAGGGGAAGGGAGGGGGUUUGGAAUGACCCAGUUUCCCGAUGGAGGAGUGCCAAAGUGAACCUGGAGGAUGUGCUCUGCCUGUGGUCAGUCCUGACGGCCUCUUGUUCUCUUCCUUCUGCCAGGACCGAGUGCUCAUCAACCGCAUUGACUUGGUAUGUCAAGCCGUGCUCUCUGGGAAAUGGCCAACAGCGCAGCAGGGCCAGGUGGGAUCCUGCCUCAUGCAGGGAGAAGGCCUCCCCCGCCUGCACGGGGAGUACACCAGCUCUCCCAUCCCCCACAUCUGCCCCCUGGCGUCGCAAGAAGAAGGGGCCGCCUCCUUCACCCGCCUCCGGCACAGUGGGCAAGAGAAGGAGUUUACCGUGCAGAUCAAAGAUGUGAGUGACAGCUGGGCUGACGGUGGCAGAGCAGCCAAUGUCCAUCCGCCUGAUGUUCAGGCUGGUGACAUACGCCAGGGAGAUUUGCCUGUGAUGACUUGCCAUGCUAAUACCGAAUCUCCCCUGAUCAGAGCCGAGGCUUUGGUCCGGAGAUGGAUGAAGCAAUUUCACUUUUUUGCACUGAGGCACCUCCGUUGUACGGCCUUUUUUAAAAAAACAACAACUGUUGGUUAAGGAUCAGUGGAAUGAAAGAGAAGUGAAAUAUUGAAGUCAGAUUUUUUUUAAAAAUAAAAUACAGUAAACAGAUGCUUUGCCAGCCUAGUGCUCUCCAGAUGUUGGUCUACGGCAGUGUUUCCCAAACUGGUCUCCAGCUGUUUUCGGACUACAAUUCCCAUCAUCCUUGACCACUUGUCUUGCUAGCUAGGGAUGAUGGGAGUUGUAGUCCAACAACAGCUGGAGAUGCACGUUUGGGAAACACUGGUCUACAAUAACUCCCAUUCUCCGUGACCUGGUGGGAGAUGCUGUUCAGCAGCAUCUGGGAGGGCACCAGGUUGGGGAAGCUCCUUUAGGGAAGCAGGCCUUGCUUUUGCCCUGGUCUCUGCCUUGGGCCUCAGACUAUUUUGGCCUCGCUUUCCCACUUGAAAAAGGAGCCAUUAUCAGUCUCUUCCCAGGGGGUUUGCCAAGGGUGAAGAUGUAGCCAAGCCCUCCUUUGCAGUCCAGAUAUGUCAAACGCAGGAGAGGUUUUCUUGGUUGAUUUCACAACAUACGAAACUGAAGUGGCCGGUUUUCUUCAUACUUAAUAUUUUGGGGGAGGUGUGUCAAUUCCCUCUGAUCUAAUGCUCAAAGGUACUCCAUUUUAGGGAAGCAUCAGUGGAGGAAGCGUCAGAGAAAUAGCCUUGCUUUCUGUUGACGCUCAGUAUAGAUGGGAAUUUCGAGUGGAGGGUGGAAGUACUUCCUGUAAUCAAAGAAUUAAAGAGUUGGAAGGGACCCUGGGGCUCAUCUAGUCCAUCCCCUGCAAUGCAGGAAUAUACUGCUGUCUCAUACAGGGAUCCCAAUUCUUACAAGGUUGCUUACAGGCUAUGUUGAAACGCAUUCGUAAGAUUACAGUCGCAAAGUGUAAGAAGCAUCAGGAUCCUUCCCACAGUUGGCCAGGAGAUAGGGAUGGAGGAGACAGUUUUACUGCAGAGUGAGCUGUGAGGUUGUCUUUGCCUACCUCCCUUUUCAUUAAAGCAGAUUUAAUCCCAUACCUGGCCCCAUCCUAAGUGCCGUCCUUGGGUCAAAAGCAUUCCCCCAUCCUUUUUUUAUAUAUACAUUUUUAUUAAUUUUUUAACAUAUUAAUUCCUGUGUUCAUACAACAUAACUUCUCAUCUUAUACAAUAUUUUUGGACUUCCGUCAAUGCCUCUGAUGAUUUCCCGUACUUUAUCACUUAUUAUGCAUUUCUUAAUUUCAUAUUACCUUUAAUUAUCCUUAACUAAUAAUUCUCAUUGUCUUCUUUGCAAUAUUUCAAAUAAUUCACCUUACCAAACUUCUUGCGAACCUACUAGCGUGAUCUGUUCAUCGCAAUUACUUUUCAAAUAGUCCGUAAAUUUACUCCCGUCUUCUGAGAAUCUCUGGUCCCGCAGGUUUCGAAUCCUUCUUGUUAGUUUAUCUAAUUCUGCAUAGUCCAUCAGUUUCAUCCUCCAUUCAGCAUUUCCCCAUCCUUGGCCUAACCUCUCGUGCUGUCCCUAGGAAGAGGGAAUCAAGCUGACCUUCCAGAAGCACAAGCUGGUCCCGAACGGCACUAUGCGCGACCGCCCUGCUCUCACUCAAAAGAAGAGCAGCAAAAAGAUGGUGGAGGUAAGAGAUGGGAGCCUCCAGAGGACGGGGAGUGGAGGGAAAUGUUUUGGUGGGGCACCCUCCCUUUUUCUUUCCCAACUUACCAUCUCUCUCGGGUCUCAGCUGGAGCUGCAGUGUCUGGAGGCGCUGAGAGGCCCCGAUAUCGACCUCGAGGCCCGUAUCCCAGUGGUGAACAAGACUGACGGGACACUUUUGGUGGGUGACGCAGCCCCCCGGCGAGCCGACCUUGAGGUGUGGCUGCAGGCCCACCCAGAGUACGCUGUCGACCCUCGCUUCUUGGCGGUGAGUGUUUGCAGACCCACCUCCUCCUCCUCUCCUGCUUCCGGGUUUUUCAGACCUUCAUGUUCCCUGCCCCAGUGAACACUGGUAGGGCAUCUGCCUUGCAUACAGAAGUCACAGCUUCAGUCCCCAUCAUUUACAGGUAGAGAUCUCCCCUGUCUUGAAUUCCUGGGCAGCCGCUGCCAAUUAGUAUGGGUAGUACUGAACUGGAGGAACCCAGUGGUCCCUGGUCAAAGGCAGCUUCCUAUGUUCCCAUUUGUUCCACGCUCAGCAUAGUUUUCUGUCCCCAAGAGUGGCAUGGCAGUAGUAAGAAACAAAAAGGACCAUUGAUAAAAACAACAAUGCAUGCGAAUUCAACAGCAGCGGGUAUUUUGUAUACAUGGUAAAAUCAAAAAGGAUUUUCAUCAAUGAAAGAAUGCUUUCAUUCACAGUUCUUAAAAGCCGGGGGAAAUUGUCUAUCUGGUGCCCAAAUGAUAGUACUAAGAACUCCAGGAACAUAGCAAGCUUCCGCCUUUUAUCGAGUCCAGACCCCUGCUCCAUCUCAUUCAGCUUUGUCCACACUGACUGGCAAGAGCUCUCCAGGGCUUCAGACAGGAGUUUCUCCCAGCCAACCUGGGGAUACUGAGGAUUGAACCUGGCACCUUUUGCUUUGCAGCUGAACUAUGGCCCUAGGUAGGGCUCCUUGGAUGUUAAGCCUCUCAAACACCUUUUCAUUCCAACUUCGGGUGCCAGGCCCCCAAGUCAACAUUCGGCAUGUCCAUUUCUGGUUUCCUUGACUGGGAUAUUUACUCACUUAUUACAGUUGUACCUUGGAAGCCAAACGGAAUCCGUUCCGGAAGUCCGUUCGACUUCCCAAACGUUAGAUAACCAAGGCGAGACUUCCGAUUGGCUGCAGGAGCUUCCUGCACGCAAUCGGAAGCCGCAUCGGAUGUUCGGCUUCCAAAGAACAUUCGCAAACCAGAGCAUUCACUUGCGGGUUUGUGGCGUUUGGGAGCCAAAACGUUCGACUCGCAAGGCAUUUGGCUUCCAAGGUACGACUGUAUUAUCAUUUAUAUCUUCUAAUAAUCUCAGGGUAGCACAAGUGGCUGUUCUCUCCUUUGCUCCCAUUUAUCCUCACGGUGACCUGAGAUGUUAAGACUGUCCCGAUGCUCAUGGAUUUGAACUCCUUGAGAUUUCCCUGUUUGUGCUCUCUCUGCCUAUGGAUUAUUGCUUCCCGUCAGCAUAUGGGAUCCUAGUACAGAUUACAAUGCCCUCUUUCUGAUAGCAAUCUGUAGACGAGAGCCUGAUUUUGUACAAAACAACCGAAACAAACCUUUUCUGGAUCUCUAGGGUUCAGAGACACGUGGCCCACCCUUGCUCCACGGGACAGCGACUAACUCUUAUCUCUUUUUUCCUCUCGCCAGUACAUGGAGGAGCGGCGGAAGCACAGGUGGCCUCGCUUUCCCAAGCCUGUUCCGAUAGAGCCGGCCUGCCUGAUGGGUCUGGAGCGGAUGCAGGCAGCCAGCAUCUCUGCUAACGGCAAGAAGGUGAUUAAACCACAGGUGUUCCCUCUUGCUCUUUGCAGUGGCCCAGUCAGCUUCUCGAGCCAAGCAAAACAAGUUGCUGAUUUGCGAAGCUUUCAGCAUAUGCAGUGCAAUUGCAACUUGGGCGUGCUUACACGGCUGAAAUCACACAAAUGCACAGAAGGCGGCGAGCUUAAAAGCACUUUUUGCGCAGGCGUGGAAGUAGCUUUUAAUCUCUCCACCUCGCUUAACAGAGAUACUCUGGGAUACUUGCCGGGCAAUGCCCGCUCAGCACAGAACUCAGGAAGGCAAGGUUGCUUAUACAGUGGUGCCUCGCAAGACGAAAUUAAUUCGUUCCGCGAGUUUUGUCCUCUUGCAAUUUUUUUCGUCUUGCGAAGCACGGUGUUGGGAAAGUUUUGGAAAAGCUUCAAAAAUCACCAAAGUCUUUAAAAACCUCAAAAAAAAGGCUACCACACCGCGUUCUAUGAGUUGCUCCUCGAAGUCAAGUCGCAACUGUAUUAACGGUGUUAAGAAAAAGGAAACAAACUUGCAAGACGUUUCCGUCUUGCCAAGCAAGCCCAUAGGGAAAAUCGUCUUGCGAAGCAGCUCAAAAAACCCUUUCGUCUAGCGAGUUUUUCGUCUUGCGAGGCAUUCAUCUUGCGGGGCACCACUGUAUAGGUGUGAGUAUACGCAGUUUUGUGUAUAUGUGCUACCCCCAGAACCUGACCCUCAUGCAAGACACUCAUGCUGCGCUUACAAGAGCCAAAAACAAAUGUGUAUGGGUGCAUUAAACUUCUUUCUAUAUUAUUUAUGCAUGCAUGCAGUUUUUGAUCACAUUUGAUUAGAUUUGUUUUCAUACAUUCAUCCUCUCCUCUCUGACUAUUCAUGGACUUCCCAUCCUAUCUUGGCAUCCUAUCUUACCCUCUUUGGUUUGCUACAACUCCUUGGAAUUCCCCCUCUUUCCCCCUCUAUUCUUAACUCUGUUUUGUUUGCUGGUGCUCAUAAAUCAAUCCCUGCUUGUAGAUUUAUAUUUAUACCACUCCGUUUUAAAUACCUUUCUAGUUGUUCCCACUCACUUAUCACUGUCUUUCUGUAUUUCUUUGGCCAUCAUAAUGGCAAGUUCAGCAUACUCUAUUAAUUUAAACAACCACUGGUUUCUUUAUUGCAUUAUCUGGAAUUUCCUGUCCUAUUAUAUCUAGCAAAAAAGGCUUCUGGUUUCUUUCUAUAGCCGUUCGGUAAUAAUGUGAGGCCAACAUAUAGUCCAAACAGAUAACGAUUGACCUCUUGAAACACUGGUCACUUAAAAUUGAGCUUCUCUAUACUCUCUGUUUUGAGUCUUGAUUUUAUUUGCUGUUAAAAAUGGCAGCUGAAAAAACUCAUGCCCUUCACAGUUUUCCUUUAUGCUUUUUUUAAAAAAUAAAAAUAAAUACCAGUAUGAGGAAGUUUUGCAUUCUCCCUGGUGAUCUGUAUAGAGACAUGCCCUACAAAUGGCACGCGUGAAGACAGUUUGAGGCAGGCAAUAAAGAUGGAAGGGAAGGGAAUAGCCUACUAGAUUUUGCUUCAUCCAAGUGUUAGAAUCAUAGAACUGUGGAGUUGGAAGGGAUGCAAAGGGCCCCCUAGUUCCACCCCCUGCAACGCAAUGUUGUAUUUUCUUUCUCCCUAGAGCUUCCUGCCUGAUCCCACCAUGAACCGCCUCCUUCCCGGACCAGUUGGGGCCGAGAGUGCCCAGAAGCGGGGCCGCCAGACCCCCAUGGAGUUUUCCAACAUGAUGGCUCUGAUGGGUGCCGGGCGGGUCCAGCUGGGCGCCGCGGGGCCCCUCUCCUUGCACCAUGCCCACUUCCAGGCCAGCACGGCCCACGGCUCUCCCUUACAGUACAUGCCCUUUUCGACUGCCGCUGCUGCCGCCUCAGCCUCCGCCGCCUCGUCCUCCGCUGCCGCAGCCCUGCUCCACCCUGGCCUGGGCCACCCCGGCUACGCCACGGGUGCCUUGCACCUAGGCCACCCACAGGCCGUGGACGAGGACGACGAGGAAGACGAGAUGGACGACUUGUCUCAGGGCUACGCCAGCUCGGAGCGGGACUUCUCCUUGCUCGACGACGACCCCAUGAUGCCGGCCAACUCCGAUUCCAGCGAGGAGGGCGAUGAGGAGGGCGACGACUGAGCAUUUUUCGCGCCCGCAAAUGGGCAGGACGCAAAACAGGGUCCAGUUGGCUGGGACUUAGCUGUCUCCUCAUUGUUGAAUUUGACAGGCCCAGGGACAGGCCAGUUGGGUUCUCCCUCGUUCCGACACACAUGUGGCUUGCAGGAAGGGCAAAAAGCAAAGAGGUUCCUUCCAGCCCGGGAAGGCCCGGUUAGGCAACCGCUCUCUUUGCGUGGCUUACUGUUUUUCUUUUUUUAACAAAAUAUGGCUGUUGGUUUGGUUGGUAAGCCCUGCCGGCAUUUGGUAUCCAUUGUGAAACUGUUCUUGUGAGCUGCAGUCUUGAUCUGCCUGGGCAGAAGGACCACAGCGGGGGCCCUGUCUAGUCGAGAUGAUCUGGGUAUAGUUAGCAGCUCCUCUUAUCCCCUUGCCCCACUCCCCUUUUGGCUCUCCCCCCACAGCCUGUUCCAUUUCUCUCCUGCCCUUCCCUCUCUCCCUGCCCCUCCCCCUCCCCCCACCCCAGGUUCAUGUGCUGUAACAUAAAUGCGAAAAGAGGGUGGGGCCUCCCCCUUUCCUCCGUCCCCCUGUCUCCAUGUGGGUGGGGUUUAUAUUUAUAAAUAUGUAAUAUGUCUUGUGUAAUAUGGCCGAGGCUGUGGGGUUGAACUUGUGGGGGAGUCAAGUCACGGAGGGUGGGUUUUUGGGGGGUGGGGUGGCAAGGGGCUGUGGGGGGAAGAGAAGGUAGAGCUUCCUGUAGCUGGAUUUCUCCUUUUUUUCUUUCAUUUUUUAAUAAAAGGAACAAAAUGCACACACACACACGGGAGAGAAAAAACCAAUUCCACCCCCCAUCCUACUCCUCCAUGCUGUUGUAUCAAUUGCAUAAAAAUCUUCCUGAGAAUUGGGACGUGCAUCUGUGUUGUCUGGUGUGUGUUUCUCUCUCUCUUCAUCCUUGCAAAUAAAGAGUCAU